GGGGUAUGUGUACCCCUGCGUCCCUCCAGAAAAAAAAGGCACUGUCUGACCCUAUAUAACCUUGGCGACCCUAUAUUAACCUUGAUGUUUUUGUGAGUUUGCGAAUUAUGGACUUUAGCUACUCUAGAAAAUGUGCCGGCAGGUUUGCGCCUGUUUGUUUCCUGGCCUUGAGCGUCCUUAGGAACAGCAGCGGCAUAUAAGUAUAAACCUGAAGGCGGCGAUGGAGAAUGAGGAAGAGGAAUCGAGCCAAGCGCAGGCAUUGCGAUCGCGGCCGGGAGCAGCAGCUUUCGGCGAUCUUGCUCAAUCCCCUUUCUCCUCACUCUGAAGGCGGAUCCGAAAGUGACCGGGACGUUUCCAGGCAGCAGGAGCGUUUGAUCACCAGCGGGGAUUUCCCGAUCUGCAGCGCUUGCCUGGGAGGCAGCAGGGGACGCCGGGCUCCUCGGACGCGGCUGCACCAUGACGGCGCCUCGCCUCCUCGUCGCCCUCCUCGCCCUCUUGCCAGGUAGGGGGUGGCUCUGGCAAUGGGGCGCGGGAGGGAGAAAGAGACGGGGGUCAGAGGCUGUCGCUCACCCACCCCUCAUUUCUGUCUUCUUUAAAACAAUUCCGCAUUUUUUAAACCUGGGGUUUCCCCUAAAACAUAUUUUUUAUCCCAUAUGUCCUGAUGUUCUUUCCUUUAAAAGCUCUCUUUCUCCAAAGGCUUAAAAUAUAUUCCAUGCUUUCACAUUUUUUAACUGUUUUUGUUCAUUGCGGUGCUUUAAAAAAGGUAAAGGGACCUCUAACCGUUAGGUCCAGUCGCGGACGACUCGGGUUGGGGUGCUCAUCUCGCUUUGUUGGCGGAGGGAGCCGGCGUACAGGUCAUGUGGCCAGCAUGACUAAGCCGCUUCUGGCGAACCAGAGCAGCGCACGGAAACGCCAUUUACCUUCCCGCUGGAGCGGUACCUAUUUAUCUACUUGCACUUUGACGUGCUUUCGAACUGCUAGGUUGGCAGGAGCAGGGACCGAGCAACGGGAGCUCACCCCGUCAUGGGGAUUCGAACCGCUGACCUUCUGAUUGGCAAGUCCUAGGCUCUGUGGUUUAACCCACAGCACCACCCGUGUCCCACUGCAGUGCUUUAAGAGACGAUUAAUAAAUCGACAACAAUAAAUCUCUUUUCUCUUUCUAGUGUCUUUUAUUCCUUGCUGUCCCUGCUUUUCGAAUGGACUUUGGCUCCUUUCGGUUUUUCUCCCUUUCCCACUCUUUCUUUUUUUCUUUCUUUUUACAACACAAAUCUCCCUUUAUUUGCUCUGAAGUCUCCCUCCCCCUGAAUUCAAUGACACUUUUGUGGAGGCUAUACCUUUAAAGCUCAUUCAAAGCACACUCUUUCCCUCAAAGAAUUCUGGGCAUUGUAAUUCACCCCUGGCAGAGGUACAGUUGAAUUCCCAGCAACCCUUAAAUCAACAAACUACAGUGCCCAGAAUGCUUUGAGGGCGGAAAUGUGCUUUGAAGUUAUACCUGAAGGAGUGUCUCCACUCCCAUCGUUCAGCCCAGACACUGAGGUCCUCCGCCAAGGGUCUUCUGGCGGUUCCCUCACUGUGAGAAGUGAUGUUAUAGGGAACCAGGUAGAGGGCCUUCUUGGUAGUGGCACCCGCCCUGUGGGAUGCCCUCCCAUCAGAUGUCAAGGAGAUAAAGAACUGCAUCUUAUAGAAGACAUCUGCAGGCAACCCUGUAUCAGGAAGUUUUUAAUGUUAGAUGUUUUACUAUGUUUUAUAUAUGCUGCAAGCCACCCAGAGUGGGCGGGGUAUAAAUAAUAAGAUGAUGAUGGUGACUGGUAGAAUUAGAUUUAGACUGUGUGCACACUAUACAUUUAAAUCAGAUAUCCUUCCCCAAUGAAUCCUGGGAACUGCAGUUUGUCCUUCACAGAACUACAAUUCCCAGCACCCUUCCCCUCUUUUGGCGGGAAAUGUGCUUUAAAUGUGUGAUGUGUGCACAGCGCAAGUCUGACCAGUAAAUAUGCUUCCUUUACUGAAAAGAGAGCCACAAGAACAGAGCAACCCACAAGUGGCACAGUCAAUUCUUUUUUGUUUGUUUGUUUUUGCAGAUCAUUUCAAAUGCACUAUUCUAGGUGAUCAAAAGUCUAGUACUGCACUAAUUGGCAAACUAAUUUUCUCAGUACAUCAAACGGUCAAAAAAAACCACAAACCCCUGUUGUUACUGGCAUCUGUCUGUCUCAAGAGAUGAUAGAAGUGUGCACCAUCGAUUGGCAAACUAAUAUUCUUGGUACAUCAAAUUGCCAAAAAACCUAAAAUUUGAUACACAAACAUGAAACUACUAAGCUUUUAAGGUAAAGUUAGCUUUGACAAAACAGGUGUCUCUUUUCCACUGUGGACAAAGUCCAGAAAGAUCUGGGAACAGUAGUCAAUUAAGCUAGUCCUUGGGCUAGUCCCAGAAGGUCGGCGGUUCGAAUCCCCGCGACGGGGUGAGCUCCGUUGCUCAUUCCCUGCUCCUGCCAACCUAGCAGUUCGAAAGCAUGUCAAAGUGCAAGUAGAUAAAUAGGUACCUCUCCGGCGGGAAGGUAAAUGGCGUUUCCGUGCGCUGCUCUGGUUCGCCAGAAGCAGCCUAGUCAUGCUGGCCACAUGACCCGGAAGCUGUAUACCGGCUCCCGCAGCCAGUAAAGCGAGAUGAGCGCCACAACCCCAGAGUCGGCCACGGCUGGACCUAACAGUCAGGGGUCUCUUUACCUUAUGCCUGUAGCAGAACUAGUGGCAAAAUGUUUUGAGCUGAGCUUCACUUCUCUGCAGAAUCACUUCUCUGAAUGCUCCCUUCUGUCAAAACAAUAGCAGGAAUAUCCCUGUAAGUCUGGGGGCCCUGUGUUUUGAUCUGAGGCAGAGCUCUUCCUAACAGCUUUGUAGGCUGAAGCCCAACGCGAAAAAUCAGUAGCAAUACUGACUCCAGGUUCAAAGUGCGUCCUGACGGAGGGUCGGAAUCCUAAAGCGGUUUUAAAUUCAGGCAGCUGACACCCGUUUCCUAUCCUUCACAGCUGUAGCUACACAAGAAGCGGCCCUCGAUGCAACUCCAUUGUGCCCAGAGUCUGUGUCUAUCCGAGGUGGCACCGUGUCACUCUCAGACGGGUUUCGCCCAGGAAGCAUCCUCACCUAUUCCUGCCCAGAUGGCAGCUAUCCGUAUCCAACCCAAAGCCGGAUCUGCCAAUCAGACGGGAAAUGGACUCCAAUGCGUUCCUCAGGCAAAAGCCCCCUCAGCCAAGCACUGUGUCGAAGUAAGUGAGCGUUGCUGGCUACUUUGGGGUUUUCUGGAGGGCACAUGGAGUACAAUGGUACCUCAGGUUACAUACGCUUCAGGUUACAGACUCCGUUAACCCAGAAAUAGUGCUUCAGGUUAAGAACUUUGCUUCAGGAUGAAAACAGAAAUCGUGCUCCAGUGGCCCGGCAGCAGCAGGAGGCCCCAUUAGCUAAAGUGGUACCUCAGGUUAAGAAGAGUUUCAGGUUAAGAACGGACCUCCGGAACGAAUUAAGUACUUAACCCGAGGUACCACUGUAAUCAGAUAGAAGCCUGUUAUUGCUCCUUAAUGAGGGCUGCAUUUCCUUGGACUUAAUCUGCUGGGAACUGGGUGCUAGUGUGUGGGGUUGGAGAAGGUGGUGGAUCAGUCCAGAACCCAAAUAUAGGGACACCUCACAUCUUAUUUUUCACUAUUAUACUGCUUUAAACAGGCUCCCCCCCCCAAAAAAAACCACCCCUUGAACUGUCAUUUGUUAAGGGUGUUUGAAAUUGAAGCACUCUGUGAGAGGUAAACAACAGUUCCCAGGAUGCUCUGGGGGAACCCACGACUGUUAAAGUCGCUUGAGCAAGAGAUGGCAUUUCCUGAGGUAUCCCAGAAUGCAUCACCCAGGAAUUGUCAUGGGGCAGAGGGAGACACAGGCCCCACAUUACUCCCUUUUGGAAGCGUCGGUGAAAGGAGAGGGGGUAUCUCCAGCUAUCAGUGCCUGUAUUAUGAUGUUGGUGCUGACGACGAUGAUCAAUGCCAAAAUCCAGCAUUGCCUGAGCUUUGCGAGUGCAGCUUUCUCCUGACUGAAGUGUAGAGUGUUUGAGGAUAGAGACAUUUGCAGGGAAACCAAAAUGCUUGUUUACAAAGUUAUUCUACUACCAACCUUACUGUAUGCCUGUGAAACAUAGACCACUUAUAAAUGCCAUCUCCAACUGCUCGAAAGAUUCCAUCAACGGUGUCUCCAAAAAUUUUUACACAUCACUUGGGAAGACAGGCAAACUAAUACCAGUGUACUGGAAGAAGCAAAGAUCACCAGUGUCGAAGCAAUGAUUCUUCAACAUCAACUUCGUUGGACUGGUCAUGUUGUUUGGAUGCCUGAUUACCAUCUUCCGAACUUACCUAUUCCACACUUAAGAAUGGAAAGCGAAAUAUCGGUGGAAAACAAAAUCUUUAAAAAUGUAGUAUAAUAACUGAUAACUGGGAAAGACUGGCCUGAAAGUGCUCUAACUGGAGAAUAGCCUUGACGAAAAGUGUCAUGGACUUCAAAGAACUCAGGGAGAAAGGAAGAAACAAGCUGCGAGGAAGACAUGUUUGGCAAACCCUCACCAUGAUCAACUCCCACUUGGAAACCUAUGUCCCCACUGUGGAAGGACCUGUGGAUCCAGAAUUGGUCUCCAUAGUCACUUAUGGACAUACCAUUAAGACUGUGUUCAUGGAAGACAAUCGUACUCGGCUACAAGUGAUCGUCAAAGAAUAAUAAUAAUAGGAUGAUGGCAUCUGUCUGUCGUGGGAGACAAUUCAGCACUAGCAAAAUAGUGCUGUGCUGUUAAGAAAAAGAAAGGGUGAAGGUGGGGGGGGGAACACGCUGGUAAUUUCCUCCUCCCCAAGCAGAGAACAGAAGUGGACUCAUAAAGUGCAGUUCACCACUAAUCUCCCACUGUGUUGAAAAGGGAAGCAACAAAAUGGGCAUAUCCUGAAAGAGGAAACUUGUAAUUAAUGCUGAAUAGGACUUAAAUACUGAGUACACAUCGUAGAAGGAUCCUGGCUAUGAAGAAGGGCUUUGCAGGAGCAUGAAAGCUUGAUACAGUGGUACCUCAGGUUACGAACUUAAUUCGUUCUGGAGGUCCAUUCUUAACCUGAAACUGUUCUUAACCUGAGGUACCACUUUAGCUAAUGGGGCCUCCCGCUGCCGCCGCAUGGUUUCCGUUCUCAUCCUGAGGUAAAGUUCUUAACCCGAGGUACUAUUUCUGGGUUAGCGGAGUCUGUAACCUGAAGCGUCUGUAACCCGAGGUACCACUGUACAGUCAUACCUCAUGUUACGUCUGCUUCAUGUUACAUUCUUUCAGGUUACGUCCCACAGCGACCCGGAAGUACCGGAAAGGGUUACUUCCGGGUUUUGCGCAUGCGCAGAAGUGCAAAAUGAUGUCACGUGCAUGCGCAGAAGCCGCAAAUUGCAACCCGUGUGUGCGCAGAUGCGCCAUUGCGGGUUGCGUUCUUUUCAUGUUGCGAAUGGGCCUCUGGAACGGAUCCCGUUUGCAACCAGAGGUACCACUGUAUUAAGUAUUGCAUGGAACAGCAGUUUUAAUUCUGCUUCCUGGUAAUUGCAAAAGGAUAAUUGACGCUAAUGUGGACUCUGCCUGCUCUGGCAUUGUUUUGGAUUCUGGGCCUCGACAGCCUUGUUCCAUGUGCUCUGUCUUUGUCCUUCCUCGUUUGCAGAGAUAAGCUGUCCUCCGCAGAGGUACUUUGAAAAUGGCUCCUUUGGCCCACGGCGAAGCUUGCAUCCUGUGGGUGCCGUCCUCAGCUUUGAGUGUUCGGAUGGAUACCAGCUCCGGGGUUCCUCCAGGCGGCACUGCCUGUCCAAUGGACGCUGGAACGGAACUUCUCCAGUUUGUGACGACGGAGGUAUAUCCCUAAAUACUCCUCUCCCACCUCGACCACACACACACAUGCACAUGUACCAUGCACACACCUUCUGCUCUAAAUAGCCUAAUUUAUGCAAGUUGCAGAAUUGAGCUUUGCAUAUAUAUAUAUAUAUAUAUGCGCCUUGUUCAUACUGCGUCACUAGAGAACUGAAUUAGUUCAGAUGUUUAGGAUUUUCUAUUUGCUUGGAAUGCAGUGACUUGGUUGCAGAUAUAACUAGGAAAAAAAUGAAAUAUGGUGUACACAUUGAUGACCAAAUUCUUCAUUUCAAGUUCAAAAAUCUGGCCCAGCCCAACCCAUCCACAUGUUAUUGAGAGGUGCAUGGGGAAGUUGCAAAGAACAUUUCUCACGAGAUGUGUACUCCCUACUAGAUGUGUUUAGGAUGACAACACUAGGGUCAAACUACAAGUUACGUUUUUCACACCAUUUGCCCUUGAGUACAAUAUAUUUCUUUGAGGAAAAUCCAGUGACCCAGUUGGGAAGCCUAGCAUGAAUAUAGGUGGGCUUUAACCCUUUGCCCCCUGCUAUAGCCUCAAUCCACACUGCCCCCCUCCGCCUUCUAUUUGUAUGGAGGGGUGCUCCUUUUGGAGCAAAUGGACAAUUCCCACCCCCACCCCCAAUGUGCAAAUAGCCAGCAUGGGGUCUCUCUCUGGAUUGGGACCACAGUGGGUUAAAAAACCCUUUCUCCUACACAAUAGGUAAAGGAACCCCUGGUCCAGUCGUGACUGACUCUGGGGUUGCGGUGCUCAUCUCGCUUUAUUGGCCGAAGGAGCUUCCGGGUCAUGUGGCCAGCAUGACUAAGCCACUUCUGGCGAACCAGAGCAGCACACGGAAAUGCCAUUAACCUUCCUGCCAGAGCAGUACCUAUUGAUCUACUUGCACUUUGACGUGCUUUCGAACUGCUAGGUUGGCAGGAGCAGGGACCGAGCAACGGGAGCUCACCCCGUUGCGGGGAUUCGAACCGCCGACCUUUUGAUCGGCAAGUCCUAGGCUCUGUGGUUUAACCCACAGCGCCACCUGCGUCCUACACAAUGCUCCCCUGUAAUAACUUGAGGGCAAAUGGCAUGACUAACAUAACAGGUAGUUUGGCUCAUAGUUGGUUUUGGGCCAUGGAAUUUGCUGCAAUAUGCAGUUGGAGAUGUGCUUUGCUUGUGGUGGUGCUUGCCAUAUGAUAUAUAACUCCACAUAUCCUGCGUUUCUGCCCUCAUUUAUGCACGUCCUCUCUGCAGCGGGGCACUGCCCAAGCGUUGCCAUCCCGCCAGGGGCAAUUGCUACUGGGGGGCGCAACCGUCUUGGUGACCGGGUCUCCUUCCAGUGUCAGAGUGGCCUGGACUUGGUGGGGUCUUCCCAGCGGGUCUGCACUCCAGAGGGUGAAUGGUCAGGAGCUGAGCCAAGUUGUAGAGGUAAGCAUCACAAAUACACACACACACACACACAUCUUCUGUCUCCCCUGGCUUCCUGUAUCCUUUUUCUCUUGCUCUUCUCUCAUAUGUCCCUUCCUUUAAUCUUUUUUUUGUUUUGUUUUGUUAAACAAAACUACCUAGUUUUUCAAAUUCCCUUCUUCCGGAUAUUCCCUCUGAAGUGUAGGUGGGAUCCCACGAGGCAAGACACAGCGAUAACAGAAAGAACCUUUAUUGAACUACAUACCUGGAUAACAGGGGCAAUGCAACUGCUUAUAUACAUUUCUGAAAGCCAGGGCCACUCCCAACGUGAUUGGCUGUCUAAACUCCCAAGCUGCGAAUCAUGACUCAGAGUUUAAGGGCCAAUGGCAGAGGCCCAAAUCCUGAAAUGUUUUGUGAUUGGAUAUCAUGUAUCGAAUCAGAACACUGGAGCUCAGAAUCCUUAGUCCAGUCAAACACAGACCACUGAAUACAUAACAGCCUCCACUUCAUCUUCAGCAGGGGGAGCCACAGGGGAGCCGCAGAAAGAAUGUGGUUGGUCAAGGGAGAGGGGACUCAGAAAGGUUGAAAGCCACCCGUUUAAUUCUUUAUAACAUAAUUUCCUGUGCACAGCAGGGCAGGCUCUAUCUAUCCUCUUUCUAUAUCACUUACACUCCAUCGCAUCUCCCCUUGGGAGAACAAUUAUCGACACCUUUGCCAUUUUGUCUCACGGAGACAGAAAGCACCCCCAACCCCCUUUUCUCUUUUCUUACAGCCCCCUAUUCUUACGAUAGGGCUGAAGACGUCAGAGCUGAAUUUGGAGCCUCGUUUACUGAAGUUUUGAGCGACGUGUCAUCUUCUGGUCCUGACCCGUCUGAGACCACUGCAGGCGAGUCUAAGCCCUGAUGUAGUUUCUGUAGGCCAAGCUGGGACUCGGAGCAGAGACAGAGAGUCACAUAUUAUUUUAAAGGGGUGCUUUCCGUGGGAUUACAGUGGUACCUCAGGUUACAUACGCUUCAGGUUACAUACACUUCAGGUUACAUGCGCUUCAGGUUACAGACUCCGCUAACCCAGAAAUAGUGCUUCAGGUUAAGAACUCUGCUUCAGGAUGAGAACAGAAAUCGUGCUCCGGCGGCGCGGCAGCAGCAGGAGGCCCCAUUAGCUAAAUUGGUGCUUCAGGUUAAGAACAGUUUCAGGUUAAGAACAGAUCUCUGGAACGAAUUAAGUACUUAACCCGAGGUACCACUGUAUUUCCAUCAGCCUUCUCAAUCCUUCUUGGCUACUUUGUUAAGAAUUACAAGCUUGGUGGAUUAGGCCCCUGUGGACAUAGUGUAUCUUGAUUUCAGUAUGGCUUUUGACAAAGUUCUGCAUGAUAUUCUCCCCAUGAUAUACUUUGGUGUGAAACAGGUAGGUAGCCGUGUUGGUCUGACGCAGUAGAAAUAUAUAAAAUUAAAAUUAAAAAAUUGUCCAGUGGCACCUUAGAGACCAACUAAGUUUGUUCUUGGUAUUAGCUUUCGUGUGCAUGCUACUGGACAGUUUUUUUAUUUUUUAAAAAUACAGGUGAAACUCGGAAAAUUAGAGUAUCGUGGAGUUAAUGAAGCACAGUGGACCAACACCCGCUGAUGACAUGGCUCCCCAAAUCUCUUUUCUGAUGAGAGCAGCUUUUGAAUCUCAUUUGGAAACCAAGGACCCAGAGUCUGGAGGAAGAAUGGGGAGGCACACGGUGCCAAAUGGUUGAAGUCCAGUGUGAAGUUUCCACAGUCUGUGUUGAUUUGGGGAGCCAUGUCAUCAGCUGGUGUUGGUCCACUGUGCUUCAUUAAGUCCAGGGUCAACGCAGCCAUCUACCAGGAGAUUUUGGAGCACUUCAUGCUUCCUUCCACAGACGAGCUUUAUGGGGAUGCUGACUUCAUAUUCCAGCAGGACUUUGGCACCUGCCCACACUGCCAAAAGUACCAAAACCUGGUUCAAUGCCCAUGGGAUUACUGUGCUUGAUUGGCCAGCAAACUCACCUGACCUGAACCCCAUAGAGAAUCUAUGGGGCAUUGCCAAGAGAAAGAUGAGACAUGAGACCGAGCAAUGCAGAAGAGCUGAAGGCUGUUAUUGAAGCAUCCUGGUCUUCCAUAACACCUCAGCAGUGCCACAGGCUGAUAGCAUCCAUGCCACGCCGCAUUGAGGCAGUAAUUGAUGCAAAAGGGGCCCAAACCAAGUACUGAGUACAUAAUGCAUGCUUCUGCUUCUCAGAGGUCCAAUAUUGGUCUAUUUGCAGUCCUUGUUUUGCUGAUUUCAUUUAAUAUUCUAAUUUUCUGAGAUUGUUAAUUUGGGGUUUUCAUCAGCUGUACAUCACAAUUAUAACAAUUAAAGGCUUGACAUAUCUCGCUUUGCAUGUCAUGAGUCUAUCUCAUAUAUUAGUUUCACCUUUUAAGUUGAAUUACUGAAAUAAAUGAACUUUUCCACGAUAUUCUAAUUUUCCGAGUUUCACCUGUAUAUUUUUGGUGUGAAACGUCACCACUAUGCUGGUGACACGCAGCGGCAUUCCUCCAUUUCAUCCAAGUCAGGAGAAGUUGUGCAGGUCUGAUUUGUGCAAUUGUACUCCAGCUGGCUUUAUUUUUAGCAGAAAGCAAGCUAGAAACCUUCCGAAUAAAAGAAACGUAGCAUCAUUUUAUGGCGAGCCUCUGCUUGCGUCUGGGGUUCAUUUUUGCCAGGAGAGGCAUCAUCAGGGCUUCAUUUGAAUUUAUGCCAGGCACAUUACCCCCAAACUUACUUUCAGGGCCAAACUGCACAUCCUAUUACAUGCAUCUUUGCAUUCUUACGGCUGUGUGUGUUUUAAAAUAUCAGCCACGGGAGCCCCAGAUUCGGACUGAAACUACAGCUUGGAAAAAAGAGUAAACUCCCCUCCGCCAGGGCCAUGGACCCCGUCUGGAUAAGCGGGUCAUAGCUGUCAACCGUCCCUUAUUUGGCGGGAAAGUCCCUUAUCCUAGCGCCGUGUCCCGCUGCUGUCCCUUAUUGAUGAUGUCCCUUAAAUUUCCCGGGUUUCAAAGGAAGCAGCUCCUCUCCCUCCCUGCCGGCCAGGGAGGAGGGAGGCUCCAACUGUGUUGCCUGGUUGCGUUGCUCACCCAAUAAGGAGUCUAAGAAUGACUGGGGGGUGGAGCUUACAUGCCUUGUGCCGAUCAAGUCGGCCGUGUUGCCUGGGGACUCGCCUUUGCUCAGCGCUUCCCAGCGGAGAGGUGACGGUGGUUUUCCUUGCUGCAUCCCCUUUGCCGGGUUGCUGCGCUGUGGGAACCUCCGCUUGAGGCUUCGUUUGGCUGCUGGCUGGGCUUUCUGCCUUUGGCUUGGAGGGGCUCAGAAGUUGAACAUACCUGUGCUUCGAAAAUCCCUUAUUUUGGCUGCUGAUCCCUUAUUUUCGAGGCUGCAGGUCCCUUAUUUUCAAAUCUGUAAGUUGACAGCUAUGAAGCGGGUUCUCGCAGCUGCUAUUAAACAAAAACGAAAACCCACCAAUGUGACAAUGCAUUUAAAGCAAUGUGUAGUUUGUCUCUCAGCUCUGGAAUGUGAAAUAAUGUUGGCAGAGGGGGUGUUGUGUUUCUCAUGUGAGAAGCUGCUUACAAACUGAAUAAGCAUAACCAACUGAUCUGCGGUGAGGGGUUCCAAAAUUUUUGAUGGUUUUGAUGGUUUCUCUUUCCCCAUACUAGCUCCUUCAUUAGGACGACGGCUUAUACUCUCCAAAGACAGCUUCCUAUAUGUCUACUUCCUUGUGGAUGCAUCUCACAGCGUAACUGAACCCAACUUCAACAUCUCUAAGCAGUGUCUGGAGGUCAUAAUCACCAGGGUAGGUUUGUAUGAAUGCGACUUUGUACUUAAAAAAAAAAAUCAGUUUUCAAUUACAAUAAUCCAAUAAUAGCCUCAUUAUAUCAAUGCCAAAUUAAAAUUCCCAAUAUCAAUCAUUCAAAUACCAAAUUACCUAAUUUAGGUGGGCCCCCGCAUGCUAGAAUUGAUGGUUUGAUGAUUUACUUUAUUUCUGCAUUCCAAAAUCUUACUAAUUUCAGUUACAUUCCUGUCAUAAUAGUGAUCCCUUAUACAGCAGCUGCUAUUGUAUUGACUUCUGUUCGUAUUGACUCAUUUAAUGAUUUGUUUGUCUACAAGUGAAGAUCUCAUACAUCCUUGUUCCUCCUGUGUGUGACAUUUAUUCUGUCCAUGUUGUUUCUUCCUGUCCUUGAAAAAUAUUAUGUCUCUCUUUACCAGUUGUUGCUGCUAUCCGUCAUGCCUUGCGCAGCGCUGAUAUCCUGAUGUUAUUCCAAAGGUUACUCCCUCAGUCCCGUGCUUCUUUGCUUUUGCAACUUUUAAUGAUAGCUGCAAAAGUUUCGACUUUGUACUUUUAGGUCCGUUUGCUAGUACAAUGUUGAUUUCUAGUUCCCCUCAAGCCCAUUUACGCAGGGUGCGCAUGCAAUGUAUAAUAAUACAGUGGUGCCUCGCAAGACGAAAUUAAUCCGUUCCACGAGAGUCUUCGUCUAGCGGUUUUUUCGUCUUGCGAAGCAAGCCCAUUGACGGAUUAGCGCUAUUAGCGCUAUUAGCGGUUUAGUGGCUAUUAAAGGCUUAAAGGCUUAGGGGAUUAGCUGCUAAAAGGCUAUUAAAGGCUAUUAAAGGCUUAGCAGAUUAGAUAAAGGGGGGGAAAAGCGAAAAAAAAAUCUCAAGACUCGCAAGGUAUUUUCGUCUUGCGAAGCAAGCCCAUAGGGGAAUUCGUCCUGCGAAGCAACUUCAAAACGGAAAACCCUUUCGUCUAGCGGUUUUUCCGUCUUGCGAGGCAUUCGUCUUGCGGGGCACCACUGUAAUAUAAUAGAUGGUAUUCUCCUGUCAGAGCCUGCCUACUUCUUAAUCUAAUCUUCAGAGGCCUUGUAGGCCAAGCCCACGCGGGAAUUGGGCAAAUCUGUCCGUUUCAAUUUCUCUCGGCUUCUAUUCCCCUGCACCCUGGUUUUAAUUUCAGUUUUCCACAUCAGCUUGUGGCAUGUUAGUCGUCAUGAAAAAGUUGUCAGAGUUUUAGUGCCAUUUCCUCCUAAACUUCACCUUUUUGCAACACAAUUUCCCCCCGAUGUCAUUUUCACUGACAACACACGUUUUCCUCCACAUGUACAUACAUUUGUGUACAGUGGUACCUCGGGUUAAGUACUUAAUUCAUUCCGGAGGUCCGUACUUAACCUGAAACUGUUCUUAACCUGAAGCACCACUUUAGUUAAUGGGGCCUCCUGCUGCCGGAGCACGAUUUCUGUUCUCAUCCUGAAGCAAAGUUCUUAACCUGAAGCACUAUUUCUGGGUUAGCGGAGUCUGUAACCUGAAGCGUAUGUAACCCGAGGUACCACUGUACUCGUCAUUUAGCUGAAGAAGCACAUUGCAAAAAAAUGGGAAAAGUGUGGAUUUGGGAAGAUGGCGGUGUUUCGGAAAGUGGGGAAUGAGGUAGAGUCGCCUUUAAAUGUUGAUGGAAUAAAAUUUACCCCACAGCCAUAAGCCCACAUUUGGUUGGGGCAAAGGUGUUGCCAGAAAACAGGGGGCUCGCUUAGGGCCAGACCCCCUUUAUCUGAGUCACUGUUGCUGAAGACUAGGUUCUUCGGUCAGAGCAGGAAGGAAAGAGAAGGCAACUAGGCAAAAAUACAAACUGGGCUGUUAAGCCUUUGGUUGUUUUAUUUGUUGUGGCAAAGUUUCAGCCUAUCUAAAAGCAAAGAAAGGGCCUUCUCUGUUGCCACAUCCAGACUUUGGAUCUCAUAUACCUGGGAAGGUUGACCUUGCCCUGUUUUGCUGACAUUUUUCUGCAGCGUUAAGAACUUCCUACUUAAAAUGCCCCUUUGGCAUUUAGCAACUCUGCCUGCCCCUUUGUUAUCACCAUCUACUACCCUUAUGUGCAAUCCUUCUAUUUUCCCUUCUAUCUAGCUUUUAUUAAUAUUGUGUGUGUGGGUUUUUGUUUUGUUUUUUACUGCUGUUUGUUUUUACUGUGGUGUCUCUUAUCUUGGGUUGUUUUUGUCUUUUUUUAACUGCUGUUUGCUUUUAAACUGCUUUACUGCUAGUUUCGAUUCUGCUCCUCCUUUUAUAUAUAGUUCCGUUUACACAGCGUUGUGUUUUACUGGGGUUUUUUGUAAGCUGCCUUGAACUAUGAGGGCAAGGCAGGGGUAUAUAAAUUUUAAAAAAAUAAAUAUCCAGUUCAUUAAGAGUCUUCUUUCAAGGCACUCUGGGUAACUAAGCAAUGGAUGGAGUUGGGGAAUGAUAAUCCUGCCAUAACUACAAUUUGUAGGAGUUCUGUUAUGAACUGAGUUGAAUAGGAUCCAAAAAGCAGCAGUCUGAUUGGUCCUAGAACAAUAGGAUUCAGAAUGCAGCAGUCUGAUUGGUCCUAGAACAAUAGGGUCCAGAAUGCAGCAGUCUGAUUGGUCCACAGGAGCCACCCAAUCCAGCUCCAGGUGGAAGUGAAUCUGCAACCUGAUUGGCCUACAGGUGAAUCCCGGAAUUAGUCAUCACCUGGGGCCCAUUGUGUAAAUAAUGUAUAUAAAGCAGACAUUCUGGGGGAAUGUCCAUUCCUCCUCACCACUAUGAGCUGAAUAAAGAGCAUGAAAUCCCCUCUCGACUCCGAGUAUAUUUCAAGUUCCUUGAGAGGAAACUACAGCAGUCAUGUAAACAUGCCUUUAUUUAUAUAUUUACAAAUUUAUAAAUGUACACUGAGGUCCUCCGCCAAGGGUCUUCUGCUGGUUCCCUCAUUGCGAGAAGCAAAGUUACAGGGAACCAGGCAGAAGGCCUUCUCGGUGGUGGCGCCCGCCCUGUGGAACGCCCUCCCAUCAGAUGUCAAGGAGAUAAAGAACUACAUAACUUUUUGAAGACAUCUUCAGGCAGCCCUGUAUCGGGAAGUUUUCAAUGUUUGAUGUUUUACUAAGUUUUAUAUAUGCUGCAAGUCAGCCAGAUGGGCAGAGUAUAAUUAAUAAAAUUAUCAUCAUCAUCAUCAUCAUUACAUUUAUGCCAUCUUUUCCUCCAAGGAGCUCAAGGCCUCAACCCCAUUCUAGUUCGACACGCUAACCGCUACACCAGACCAGAAAUGGUGGAUUUUUCUCCAGAAGACAAAUAAAAAGCUUCUCUCUGAAGGGAAAUGAAUAUAUAUUAUCAGUCACUGAAAUACACUUUUGGUGGUAAUUUAAGUUGUUUCAAGCUGUUUUUAAUAUUGUGUUUUCAUUAAUGUAACUCACCCUUGGACCUUAGGCUGAAGGCCGUGAUAAAAAUAAUAGUAAAACCUUUAAUCACAUGAACCCAUCGAACCACAUUUUUACCUCCUCUGCCCCUCUUUCUCCUUCUUCCUCUGUUUUCCUGUUUCUUCUUUCUUUCCUCCCCUUCCCAGAUUGCCAGCUUUGAUGUUCCCAUCAGGUUCUCUGUAAUCUCUUACGCCAGCCGGCCCAAGACCAUCGUCGACAUCCAGGAUGAUAUAGCUGAAGAUACAGAAAUCGUUAUUGAGAAGAUUCAAAAUGAGAUGAACUACAAAGGUGCUGAGAGGGUUUCCCACCCACCCCGUUUUUGAGCAGCUGCGCGUUCAAAAUGUAUUUUCUGAAACUCGGGGCCCAGCAAAUGUGUCAGGUUUUUCUCGUGGUGGUGAAAAUGUGUCUUCAGGGCACAUGUGACUCAGGGCCGUCUUUAGCAUAAGUGGCGCCGGGGUGCAAAGAUCUACCCAGCGCCCCCAAAUGUUCAUCUUGCCACUGCCUCCUCCCGAGUAGUAAUAAAUGCUACUUUUACGGAGGGAAGCCUGGGGUUGUGGGGUGAGGGAGGCUUGGGAAGGAAGCUGCACGCCAGCCAGCCAUAUACAGUGGUACCUCGGGUUACAGACGCUUCAGGUUACAGACUGUGCUAACCCAGAAAUAGUACCUCAGGUUAAAAACUUUGCUUUAGGAUGAGAACAGAAAUCGCGCGGCAGCAGCGGGAGGCCCCAUUAACUAAAGUGGUACCUCAGGUUAAGAACAGUUUCAGGUUAAGAACGGACCUCCAGAACGAAUUAAGUUCUUAACCCGAGGUACCACUGGUGGCGCUGUGGGUUAAACCACAGAGCCUAGGACUUGCCGAUCAGAAGGUCGGCGGUUCGAAUCCCCGCGACGGGGUGAGCUUCCAUUGCUCAGUCCCUGCUCCUGCCAACCUAGCAGUUCGAAAGCACAUCAAAGUGCAAGUAGAUAAAUAGGUACUGCUCCGGCGGGAAGGUAAACGGCGUUUCCGUGUGCUGCUCUGGUUCGCCAGAAGCGGCUUAGUCAUGCUGGCCACAUGACUUGGAAGCUGUAUGCCGGCUCCCUCGGCCAGUAAAGCGAGAUGAGCGCCGCAACCCCAGAGUCGGUCACGACUGGACCAAAUGGUCAGGGGUCCCUUUACCUUACCACUAUAGUUGGCAGGGCGCAGGUUCCAUCCUAAGCCCUGCAGGGAUCGCUCUCCUCCCUCGAAAGCUUGGGAGGCAAGCUUCGCGCCCGCCAGCCAUAUGGUUCGCGAGGCGCAGCUGGUGGGCGUGCAGGGAAAGGGGAGGCCGAUGGCAAAGCUGCGCAGCUCCCCCACUCGCUAGGGCACCCCUGAGAGGCUGGCGCCCUGGCGCAACGCACCACUAAGCCCUAUGGAAAAGACGGCUCUGAUAUGACUAGUGCCUAAACUUUGGGAUUUUUCUCUCUCUCACCUUGCUGUUGUUUCAGCUCCUUUGAUUUGCUCUUGCUGUUUCAACAUCUUACAUUUAUUUUACGUUUCAACGCGCUGCCCACCCUUUCCGCUUUGUAAGGCGUCCCGAGUUUUGAAAGAGGUGUAGAACAAAUUAAAAACCUAUGCCAAUGCCAUCCUCUUGCAGACCACGGCAACGCAACGGGAACCAACAUUCAAGAUGCCCUCGACUCUGUGUACCAGAUGAUGAUUAAUGAGAAGUUGUUUACCAAAGUGCCGUGGGACAAAAUCCGUCACGCCAUCAUCCUGUUCACAGACGGUGAGGAGAAAUGGGGAGAUACCUUCUCCCUCCCUCCCCAUAAUAGGAGGAAGGUUGCACAGAAGCCAGAGAGUUCAGUCCCUCUGCCUACCAUGAGACUAGGGCCCUUCAGGAUUUAACCUCCUUCCAUUGGGCCUGUAAGACAGCUAUUUCACCUGGCCUUUAAUUUGAAUUCAGCCUGAUCUUUUAUUUCCCUUCUCUUCCCUCUCCCUCCCCUUUUAUGAAGAUCACCCGGUCUGAGACCCCACCGCUAAUUCUCCCCUGGCCUCCUCGCUGCCCCAAGUAGGACUAAUUCAGCCAGGUAGCCCUGGGGAUUAUCUAAUGCUUAUUAGAUGGAUUUUCCCUAAUUUGAUUUCUGAACUUUGAAUUUUAUUGUUAUUCAUGUUUUUAUACUGUAUUUUAUGCUGCUUUUACAGUUAAGCGUUUUAAAUUUGUUGUUGGCUGCCCUGAGCCCGGUUUUUGAACUGGGAAGGGCAGGGUAUAAAUAAAAAAUUAUUAUUAUUAUUACCUGCGAACUACUAGGUGAUCAUUGUGGCCCCAAGUAGAGACGAGGAAGAAACUGGAUUUGGUUCACUUUUAAAGGUGGAUCUACCCAAUUUGCAAAUUUCUGAAACAAUAUGCAAACUGAGACACAGCCAUUUUGUGGUUCUGCAGCCGAGUAACUUGCUCACAGAUGCAUAUACAUGGGUAAAGUGUCAUCUGUGUGCAUGAAUUGCAGAAAACAACCGUCCAAAAAUGCAUUAUGUGAGGGGAAAUGUGAGGGGAAAGCUUGCAUAUUCGGCAAAACCUCACACAAAAAUUGGGAGAAAUUCUCACCAAAAUGGUGAGGGGUUUUCGCAAGGACUAUCAAAAUGGUGGCUUGAUGUGGAAAUGUCGAGAACUGAAGUUAAGACAGAGUCACCCAUCCCUCCUAGCCUCCCCUACACCUGACUGCACCCCAGUGCCCCAGUUCAUCGCUGCCUCCGCAGGGAGCAAGUGGUGAGAGGCAUAAAAUGUGCAAAUGGAGUCCCCCAUCCUAGGACUGCAGCACGCAUGGGAAGGGGAGGACGUCUAGCAAGGGCUCAAUCCUUGGCACCUCAAGGUAGGAUUGGGAAUCUCCCCGCCUUCAAACCCUGGAGAGCUGCUGCCAGUCAGUGUAGACAAUGCUGAAAUAGAUAGACUUGCGGCCUGGGUUGGGAUAAGGCAGCUUCCUGUUCUCUGCUCCUGUCUGUAGCAUUUCUAAAGGUCGGCAUCACCAUCUCUGCCCAGGAGCAGUGCUGCUUCUCUCUUCUCUUGAUAGCCUAUGUAGGACUUCAUCCUCCUUCCUCCCUCCCCCUUCCCCUUUCUUUUAAUUUAAUUUCUUUAUUUAUCCCCUCUUUUCUUCUGCAAGGAGCUCCAGGUGGUGUUCAUGGUUCACCCCUCCUCACUGAAUCCCCACAGCAAUCCUGCAGUGAUGUAGUGUGGUGAAUCCAGUGUGGUGUAGUCGUUAAGGGCGGUAGCAUCGUAAUCUGGUGAACCGGGUUCGCUUCCCCGCUCCUCCACAUGCAGCUGCUGGGUGACCUUGGGCCAGUCACACUUCUCUGAAGUCUGUCAGCCCCACUCACCUCACAGAGUGUUUGUUGUGGGGGAGGAAGGAAAAGGAGAAUGUUAGCCGCUUUGAGACUCCUUCGGGUAGUGAUAAAGCGGGAUAUCAAAUCCAAACUCCUCCUCCUCUGCAGAGUAGGCUAGGCUGAGAGGCUGUGACUGACUCCCAAGGCAGGGGCAAACGAAGGCUAACCGACACCCGGGGCACACGUUGUGCCGCUACGUAGGGCGCAUGUUUGUCGUCGCUAUGUACAGUGCAUGCGUGCGACACCACGCAUGCACUGUACAUAGCGAUUUGCUGCUUGCACUGCCCAAGCGCCGUAUGGUCGUUGACAGGAUCCUCUGCUCAUGGCUGCAGCUGUGAAUGGAGGAUCCUCCAUAUCUGGCUACGGCAGCGCGAUGGCUGUUCGCGCCGCCGCACCCGGGGUGUCGGGACGAGCACCCCAUGGGGUGCCUUCUUGUCACGCCCCCCCUCAGACAUGGCGCCCGGGGUGAACCGCCCCCCCCUUGCGACACCACUAUCCCAAGGUCACCCUUUAAGCUUAUGGCCAAGCAGAGAUUUGAACCCUGCUCUCCCAGUUCCUAGACACACCCCGCUGGCUUUCUUUCUGCAUUUAUUUAGAAUGUACAGCCUCAGCCAGUGCCAUAGCUGUCAACCUUCCCUUGUUUUGCGGAAAAUUCCCUUAUUCCAGCGCCGUUUCCCGCUGCUUCCUGCUGCUAUCCCGGAUUGUUAGAUAUCCCGUAGACUGCCCCCGGGACAGGUGAGGCUGCUGAUCCCUUAUUUUCAAAUCUGAAAGUUGACAGCUAUGGACAGUGAACACUGGAGCCCUUUAAUGAUUUCUCGUCCAGCGUGUAAUGUGGGAAUCGCUGCCUGAUUUUGUUUGUGUGGUUUUGUUUGUCCUCUUAGGGAAGUCCAAUAUGGGAGGUUCCCCCACAAAGGCCGUGCGCAGCAUAGAAGACUUUCUGAAUGUGAGAGCAAACAGGAAAGACUACUUGGGUAAGUCACAUAAACCUACUUCAUUUGGGUGCUGGUUAAAAGGUCCACCUGAGCAGAUAUGACCUCGGCAGGCUGAAGCUCUUUUCCAGAUCCCAAAUGUCACGAUGACAACGAUGCUCCCUUUCCAAUCAGUGCUUAUCCGAGAGCCAGUGUGGUGUAGUGGUUAAGAGCGAUGGACUCAUAAUCUGGUGAACCGGGUUCGCUUCUCCGCUCCUCCACAUGCAGUUGCUGGGUGACCUUGGGCCAGUCACACUUCUCUGAAGUCUCUCAGCCCCACUCACCUCACAGAGUGUUUGUUGUGGGGGAGGAAGGGAAAGGAGAAUGUUAGCCGCUUUGAGACUCCUUAAAGGGAGUGAAAGGCGGGAUAUCAAAUCCAAACUCUUCUUCUUAUCUUCUACUGCCUGCUCAAAUUCCAAAACCUUUUAUUCCGCAAGCUUUCUGGUUUAAGUUGCAUGCACACCAUCCAUUUAAAGCACGUUUCACCCCACACCAGAACGCUGGGAACUUAGUUUACUCCACACAAAUGCUUUCUGACAGUAAGAGCUUUUUGGCAGUGGAACAGACACCCAUGAGAGGUUGUGGACUCUCCUUCCUUGGAGGUUUUUAAGCAGAGGUUGGAGGCCCAUCUGUCAUGGAUGCUUUAGCUAAGAUUCUGGCAUUGCAGGGGGUUGGACUAGAUGACCCUUGGGUCCCUUCCAGCUCUAUAAUUCUAUUAUUCCAUUGCAGAGCUAUAGUUUCCAGCACCCGUAACAAACCGCAGUUCCCAGCAUUUUUUGUGGUAUGUGUAGAAAUGUGCUUUCAAUGUAUGCUGUGUCUGCAACCUCAUUUUUGUCCUGAUUUUAUUGCACUCUAGCCCCUGCAGAUAUGCACUGGAGAAGCAACACAGAACUAAUAAUAAAGCAGAAUAAAUUCACCACCAAUACACAUUAUUAUUAUUAUUAUUAUUAUUAUUAUUAUUAUAUUUUAUUUAUACCUCCCUGGCCAGAGCUGGACUCAAGGUGGCUAACACCAGUAAAAUUACAGUAAAAACAUAAUGGGGGGGGGGGACCAAUUUAAAAUACAGGUUAAAAUGCAAUUUAAAAUGCAGCCUCAUUUUAAAAGUAGCCCAUAGAUCAAAACCAUAAGGGGAGGGAAACAUAGGGGUCAGACUGAGUCCAAACCAAAGGCCUGGUGGAACAGCUCUGUCUUGCAGGCCUUGUGGAAAGAUGUCAAGUCCCGCAGGGCCGUAGUCUCUUUUGACAGAGCGUUCCACCAAGUCGGGGCCAGUGCUGAAAAGGCCCUGGGCCCUAGUUGAAACCAAUCUAAACUCCUUGAGGCUUGGGGCCUCUAAAUGUUGUUAUUUGUGGACCUUAAGGUCCUCCGUGGGGCAUACUGGGAGAGGCAGUCCCGUAGGUACGUGGGUCCUAGGCCGCAUGGGCUUUAAAGAUCAAAACCAGCACCUGACCCUGUACUCCACCGGGAGCCAGUGCAGGAUAUUGUGUCAAGAUGCAGGAUAUACCCACAGGAAAACACCCAUCUUGCUAUGCAGUAGUUGACAAACCUUCUACAGGCAACUCCCCGGUUGCACGGGACUUGCGUUGGGGUCAUUGCAUGAGUCAUUCCGCAAUACGGUUUCCUAAUACUUAUGAUGUCCAAGCUGUGAACCUUGGUGCUCAUGCAGCUAACAGUAGGUUUGCAAUAUUUUGAAGAGAGAGAGAAAAAAGAAGGCACUAUGACGACUCUCAUUUUAAAUACCCCUCCUAUAUAAAGGCUAUAGAAGCUGUGAUAUAUUGCUGGGGGGGGGGCAGGAGAAGAGAAGAGGAAAGCAAGUCUUCAACCACCAGUUACGUGUCUGUCUCCUCCAGAAAGUAUAGCCAGAGACAUUUUGGCAAAUUUUAAAAAAUCUACCCGGGCAGAAAUUCUAACCCCUGAAAAAGAGGACAUGUCCCAGAAAAAAGAGGACACAUGGCCACCCUAGUAACAGGGGUCAUGGGGAGGGAGUCCUGACCUAGAACAUGCUCAGUGGCCCCAGAAUGCUGACUUGCUGGGGGUUGGGUGUAUGUGAUAAAUGAAAGUGGCUUGAAUCCUGCACUGCAGUACUUCACACUUGCACCAUUUUGUUAUAAGUCCGGCUUGUAAAUGCUAAUGACAGAAGCGAUGAAUGAACCUGAAAUAAAAAAUUUAAGGUCUUUUAUAUAUAUAAUAAAUGUUCAUAAAAUGCACCAACCAAGCACAUACAGCGGUACCUCUGGUAAUGUACUUAAUUCGUUCCGGAGGUCCAUUCUUAACCUGAAACUGUUCUUAACCUGAAGCACCAUUUUAGCUAAUGGGGCCUCCCGCUGCUGCCGUGCUGCUGCUGCACAAUUUCUGUUCUCAUCCUGAAGCAAAGUUCUUAACCCGAGGUACUAUUUCUGGGUUAGCGGAGUCUGCAACCUGAAGCGUAUGUAACCUGAGGUACCACUGUACAUAGAUAUGUGGACCAACACAGGAAGACCACCCUGAAACCAUGUUGACUCCCAAACUGACCAAGUGUUUUCUCUGCAAGGAGAGAGGGGGCGAGGGAACCUUCCCAUUGUCUCAGGAAUUGGGUAAUCACCAUCGCAAAGGAAUGGCCAGACUACCAGGAAAGGCAAUCAGAUAAGGCAUUAUCAGAUAACCUGGCAAACAGGAAAAACAACAACAUUCAAAUUUCUGUUGUAGACCGCCUUUUCUGUGAUGUAGGUAUGAUGUAUCUGGGGGGUGGUCUUGGGUUACACCCCUUCUGUGAUGUAUGUAUGAUGUAUGGAGGGGUGGUCUUGAGCUCCAGGGAAGGGAAUUUAAAAUGUCAAUAUAAGGGCAGGCACACCUUGGUUCUGGGUCCUCCUCCUUCUCCUGCGUGUGAGGGGAGCACCCUGUUACAACAGUUCAAUAAAGAUCAGGCUUACUAGCUGCUUUGCUUCUCAGUAUUCUCUGGUUGGCUUCUAUUAUUUUCUCCUACCGAUGGAGAACCUGCAAAGGACUCUAUAAAGGCUCUUGUGUCCCCCAUAAGGGAAUAAGGGCAGAUUUUUGUUUAUUACAAACCAAAAACAAUUGUGCCCCAAUUCCUUACGAAUACACAUUCUCCACAUUUUCCUCAUAUCGGAAAAGAAUGUGCUUGGCUGGGGCAGCUUCCGGUGUACUAUGCAUCGCUCACGGAAUCCUUACAUAUUUUUGAGGAGAAGUCGGGGUGCCAACUGAUGGAGGCUGAGCCCUUUUGGGCCCCCCAAUAUUUUGGAAAGGGGGCUGGAUGCUCCUAUUGUCCCCCCCCAAAAAAGAGGUGGAAGAGGCUGAGUGCGGAGCCAAGCACAGUGUGGCUGCAGUGACCAGCUCCUUUUCCUCCUCCUGCCGCUGAGGGGAAGGAAGAUCAAAACCAGGGGUAGGCAAACUAGGGGCCAGAUACGGCCCAAUCGCCUUCUCAGUCUGGCCCGUGGGCGGUCCAGGAAUCAGUGUGUUUUUACAUGAGUAGAAUGUGUCCUUUUACCAUGGUACCUCUGGUUACGAACUUACCGUAUUUUUUGCUCUAUAAGACUCACUUUUUCCCUCCUAAAAAGUAAGGGGAAAUGUGUGUGCGUCUUAUGGAGCGAAUGCAGGCUGCGCAGCUAUCCCAGAAGCCAGAACAGCAAGAGGGAUUGCUGCUUUCACUGUGUAGCGAUCCCUCUUGCUCUUCUGGCUUCUGAGAUUCAGAAUUUUUUUUCUUGUUUUCCUCCUCCAAAAACUAGGUGCGUCUUGUGGUCUGGUGCGUCUUAUAGAGCGAAAAAUACGGUAAUUCGUUCCAGAGGUCCAUUCUUAACCUGAAACCGUUCUUAACCUGAAGCACCACUUUAACUAAUGGGGCCUCCUGCUGCUGCCGCGCCACCACUGCACGGUUUCUGUUCUCAUCCUGAAGCAAAGUUCUUAACCCAAGGUGCUAUUUCUGGGUUAGCAGAGUCUGUAACCCGAAGUGUUUGUAACCUGAGGUGUUUGUAACCCGAGGUACCACUGUAUUUAAAAUGCACCUCUGUGUUAUUUGUGGGGCCUGCCUGGUGUUUUUACAUGAGUAGAAUGUGUGCUUUUAUUUAAAAAGCAUCUCUAGGUUAUUUGUGGGGCAUAGGAAUUUGUUCAUUUCCCCCCCCAAAAAAAAUUUAGUCCGGCCCCCCACAUGGUCUGAGGGAAGGUGGACCGGCCCACGGCUGAAAAAGGUUUCUGACCCCUGGUCAAAACAGCCCCCCACCAAUGGUGGCAGCAGAAGGAGCCACUGGCCAUUGAAAGAGCGCCGCUGCUGCGUUUGGCUCCAGCCCAGCUCCUCCCGACAUCACACAAGUGAUGUCACAUGCACUGCACCGCACGCAACAUUGCCUCCCUUCCACAAUCGCCCUCGCAAGCCGACGCUCCUGGGAUAAGUUGUUGAGCAGGGAGGAAUGUGACAUGCGGUUUGGUUGGCGUGCUUUCAGGAAAGCUUAUCUGCCUGAGUCCUGAUUAGAUUCUGAGGAAACCCAGCUGUGUUUCCUGAGAACACACUUUAGAAAGAACCGCUAGAAUGUUCCUGGUCCUCUGGAAUUCCCCUCAACAAGGAAGUUUGAGGUGGCGCCGUGAGGGAAGGGAAAUUAGGGCCGAUGUCCAAGGGGCUUCACUCAACAGAAUGAGCUCAAGUAUGUUGCACAUGAAGCCUUAAGGAUAAACAUUGUCGUAAAGGCAGCAGAGAGCAGAAGACUGUUAAGUCCAGAGUCUAAAACGGCCUAACUGCACCACAGCUGGAUGCCCAGGUUUAACAAUACUUGGAAGGCCAGUUGGCACAUUAUACGUAGUUACAAUUAACUUACAAGGACAAGGAUCUAGAGAUCACACAAAGGGUGGCCAAAUUCUGUGCGACUGCCAUAAAACUUAGGGAACAAGCUGUACCACCAAAAUGAUUUAGGUUUUAAAUGACAAUUUUAGGUUAUAUUUUAGUGAUCAAGGUUUAAUAUCUAUUUUUAAUUGCGCCUAUAUCUGAAUUGUCUCUGUUAUACCCAACUGCAAUUCAAUGUAUUCCUGUUGUGUUUUAUGAUUUUCCUGAUAUUGUAUGUGAGCCAGAACUGGUCUGUGACCGUAAUAAUAAAAUUCAAUUCGAUACUUAUGAAUCGCCUUCUGAAUCACCAUCUCAAGGCGUAUUACAAAUAAAAUCAUAGAAUCAUAGAUUUGUAGAGUUGGAAGGGACCCUGAAGAUCAUCCAGUCCAACCCCCUGCAAUGCAGGAAUAUGCAGCUGCCCCAGCUGGGGAUCGAACCUGCAACCUUGGCAUUAUCAGCACCACACACUAACCAACUGAGCCAUCAUCUGCGCUAAUUAAAAACAGUUUAAAACACAAAAACAACUCGUGGCUGGUGGCAUGAAUUUUUGAGAGUUAAGCUCUACCGGUGAUUUUGGACUUUGCUUCCGGGAUGUUCAGCAAUGCUUUCUGUCUCUUUUCCCUCUUUUGUUCAGAUAUCUAUGCAUUUGGAGUUGGAACGGUUGACGUAGAUUGGAGCGCCAUGAAUGAGAUAGCAUCCAAAAAACCGGGCGAGAGGCACGCCUUCAAGUUGAAUGACCUUAAGGAAUUGAAGGCAGCCUUUGAAGAUGUCCUGGGUGUGUAUGUUCUCUGGCACUCAACAAAGACGGGGUCCAACCUUGGAAGCGAAACAGGGUCAGGCCUGGUUAAUACUUAGAUGGGAGACUGUCUGGGGAUGCCGGGUCUGCAGGCUUUAAACACUAAACAAAGGUACGGCCAUCGAAAGAGGAAGGGCAGAGUGAGGAAGCAUGCUGUGUUCGAUGAGCAUGCCCAGUGGUCAAACUUGUUUCCAAAGGCUACUGCAAACCCCAGUUCUUACCUCCUGGACCUCAUGCUGAAGAUAUGCACACUUCCUAGCUUCCACAUCUAAAGAACCUGUUCUCCUCCUGGUAUUAAACAAUGGGACAUCACCCAUUGUAAUCCAAAAGCAGCCAGCUUCUGUAUUCCUGGAUGGCCACUUCCAGUCAGGCCCAGUGCCGGCAUGUGACAUCCUUGAGCAACCAAUGAGCAGGGGUUAAAUCCUGCUCGGUUUUGCUGGAUUCCAUUCACACCCCUUCCUGGUGGAAGGACUUUGCCUGGAAUUGCCUGCUAAAAUGGAGAAGUGGGGGCAAAAAACCUUUGUUUUAGCAGCACCUUGCCAGGUGCUUUGAAGUCCCAACUUCGGGAUUUCAAAGCUCCUUUCUGCUGACUUCAGGUGAUUGACAGGUGGCCGGCCCCAUCCACCUGCCAGAUUUAAUCCAGAAAGGUUCACUCAACCCUGGUGUGGACAUUACUGAACUAAAUGGACCUGGUGCUGUUGCUUGGUUUAAGUAGUUUCUGUGGGAAUGUUGUAGGUAGCAGGAGAGGAUAUAUUGAUUAAAUAUUAUGUUUCCUAACUCACGUUAGUGAGUUUAUUCAUAGACUACAUUUCCCUCUUUACACAGCAGGAAGCUAGUUGCAGAUUAGUUAGAAUCUCUUAAGUUCUAUUAUUCCUGGUAAGACCCCUGGUAAGAUCCCUCCUAAAAGAAUAAAGACACAACAGUCUUCUUUUAAAAGUAAUAAGACGUUUACUCACAUUCAGUUCACAGUUGGAUCCCUGAAGGCAGACUUUAGCUUAUAGUUACAGAGACAGUGUGGCUUACGUCCUCGUAAGGAUGGGCCCAUGUGCUGCUGACCGAGAGGCAGCAGUGCAGUCCAUGAGGAGAAAAGGCAUCAAAAGAGGAAGGUGGCUGCGUGACUGGACCUUUUGUGGGGUCUGGAAGGGCCACGCCCACCUACCUGGUCACAUGCAAAGGAAGGAUGCUCCAGACCAGGUGUAACAGGAAGUUCAAGUGGCUGGACCAACAUUCCCCUGCGUGGCCACUCUAGGCAAACAGGAAAUGUUGUAUUUGACUGCUUAUCCCACAGUUUCCUAUGCUAUUAUGAGAAAGUCUGAAAAAGCAGAGUAAGAAAAUAACGUGAGCAUGUUGAAAAUGACCGGGUUUUCUUUCCCCUUCCCUUUCCAAUGCUCUCAGAUCCCAGAGAUCUUCAUGAUAUAUGUGGCUUGGCGAACAACUCUGAAAGCGCUAGCUGGGAGCAGAAGAACCCAUGGCACGUGCUCCUCCAAUACAACGUGAGUAGAGAUUGCUCUCUGUCCACACCCACCCAUCCCUUUAUGAUAUUGUUAAUCCCUAAUGCUGGGAGUGUCUGACCUGGAUGAAACCAACCUUAUCCACUCUUCAUUGUAGACGCUGACAGAAGCUUCUUGUCGGGGCGCCUUGAUUUCAAAGACGUGGGUCUUAACGUCCGCUCACUGCUUCAGCAAAUUCAACAACACAGCAGGAUGGACCGUCAUUCUGGAAAAAGGUGCAAAAGGAAAAGCAGAAUGUGCUUUUAACUCUGCAUUUCUGCCCUAGGGGAGCUCUGGAGACAGGGCCGGCCCUUCCAUUAAAGGGCAGAGCGAGUGAGCCGUUUGGGGUAGCUGAUUCGGGGUGGCGUCAAAGGGUAGCGGUUUGCUAGGUAUUUAAUUACCGUAUUUUCUGCUCCAUAAGUCGUACCUGACCAUAGGGCGCACCUACUUUUGGGGGGGGGGAUUCAAGAAAAAAAAUUAUUUAAAGGGAGCGCUGAGCAGAGCCUGUAUCCAUCCCAGGCUCUGCUCAGCCCUCCCUUUAAAGAGCCGCGUUGCAGGCUUUUCCCUGAGGAGGGAGAAGGGCAGCCUCGGGGAAAAGCCCUCAAGAGCCACACACACACUCUGCGUGGCUCUUUAAAGGGAGCGCAGCUCUUGGGGGCUUUUGUGGGAGGUGGGGGAAGUGAGAGAGCCUCACUCUGUCUCUUCCCCAACCUCCCGCAAAAGCCAGGGAUAGCCGCGCAAAGCCUCCGCAGGGCAGCGGGAUGAAGGCUCCCCGCUGCCCUGCGGAGGCUUUGCCCGGUUACGGCAGAAGCUAAAACAGCUAGAGGGAGCGCUGCGCAGCGCUCCCUCUAGCUGUUUUGGCUUCUGGGGUAGCCUGCAAAGCCUCCGCAGGGCAGCGGGGAGCCUUCAUCCCGCUGCCCUGCGGAGGAUUCACUGGCUACUCUAGAGCUGCUUAGGAGCUUGUCGGGGCUGGAGAGGGGAGCCCGGGUUCCCCCCCCAGCCCCAAAGAGCAGCUCAGGGAGCUGCUCCCAGAGCUUGUGGGGCUGGCGGGGGAAGCCCCCCCCCAGCCCCAGGGACCACACAUUCGCUCCAUAAGACACACAGACAUUUCCCCUUAGAUUUUAAGAGGAAAAAAGUGCAUCUUAUGGAGCAAAAAAUACGGUAAUUAUUGUUGUACUUUUGCUGCCAAGGAGGAGAAGAGGCACUCCUUCCUGCCUCAGGUCUCAGGCAGCAAAAAUGCAAUUGGCUGGCUGUGUAAGGCAAGGAAGACCCCCUUGGCUUGUACAGAAGAAAUAAAAACUCAGCCUAUGAGAGUAUGGUUGCUUUCGGCAUGCGAGGGUAGCAAGCAGGUGCAUCUGCCCCUAAUGUAUAUAUGUGUAUGUGUGUAGCUAGAUAUGUGGUAAGAAUUCGAUUUUACUUUUAUAGUUAAUUUUACAACAUACAAAAAUUCAAAAAACUUGAAAAGCGAACAGUUGAUCAUAUACUGUAUUUUUUGCUCUAUAAGAUGCACCAGACCACAAGACGCACCUAGUUUUUGGAGGAGGAAAACAAGAAAAAAAAAAUUCUGAAUCUCAGAAGCAGAACAGCAAGAGGGAUUGCUGCGCAGUGAAAGCAGCAAUCCCUCUUGCUGUUCUGGCUUCUGGGAUAGCUGCGCAGCCUGCAUUCGCUCCAUAAGAUGCACAUACAUUUCCCCUUACUUUUUAGGAGGGAAAAAGUGAGUCUUAUAGAGCAAAAAAUACGGUAAUUUUCAAAAUACAAAAAUUCAAAAAACUUGAAAAGCAAACAGUUGAUCAUAUAUAUCUUAUUUUGACUCCCUUCCCACUCUUUCUGUGGUUCCUUGUUCUUAUAAUAUUUUACUGCAUUUCCAAAUUAAACUAAUUUAUUAUUUAUCCCCUAUGUUCCAUAUAGAUUUUUUUUAACCACUGCAUGUUUUUAUAUUCAGCCUGCUAACAUAUUAAUUUGUUUACAAUAAUUUUGUACAUAUUCUAUAAAUGACUGGAAAUAUAAAUGAUUUCAAGAAAUCAUUUCUAUAAAUGAUUUUAAGAAAUCAUUCUUUCCUAAAAACUCCAUCAUUUUGAUUUCGUAUUCUUCUGGUUAGUUUUGCUGGAAUACCACAAGAAUUCAAAUUCGACACCACCUUCCCUGUUACCCAGGGCGAGAAACCACCUUUUAAAUAAUCCACAGAACCAAGGGACCUAUUUUCAAGUCCAGCAUCCGGUUAGGGACCCAACGUUUAUUUCUGUUGCAAGAGGACAAAGCUCAGCUCGUGUGCCUGUUAAGAAGGCCUGCCCCAAGGCACUUCAGAGCAAAAGCGUAUACAGUGGUACUUCGGGUUACAUACGCUUCAGGUUACAGACUCCACUAACUCAGAAAUAGUACCUCAGGUUAAGAACUUUGCUUCAGGAUGAGAACAGAAAUCGUGCUCUGGCGGCGCGGCGGCAGCGGGAAGCCCUAUUAGCUAAAGUGGUGCUUCAGGUUAAGAACAGUUUUAGGUUAAGAACGGACCUCCGGAACGAAUUAAGUACUUAACCCAAGGUACCACUGUAUAGCACACAAAGUUAGUCAUGAAACAUUCUUAAACAUAAAGCAUUCCCUUUUUGUCUGUCAAGAAAGGUCACAGGUCAUUAGGUAGAAAACAUGUAUGACAUCUUCCUGCUGUCAACUACCCCACCCCACCCAUUACCUUGGGAUGCCCACAAGUGCCUAGGUCAUUUGACCAUCUUUGGUCACGGAUGUCACAUGUUGCCAUGGUAACCCAAGCCUGUGAUCAGACCUCGUUUCCAUUCUCUCUCUCUCUCACUCCUUCUCCUCUUCCAUUUGUCCCUGAGCCUACAGGAAGUCUCAAAAAGAGAUUAGGCUCACAUUCCAAUGUUAACCAAAACAAGCUUGGAAAAACAUUAGCAACGGCUGUUUGUACCACUUUCAAGGUUAGAUAGGAUUUCUUGUUUAUGGCCUGGAGAGCACAGCGGUUGUAAGGUAUAGUCACAGAGGAACUAGACAUAAAACUACUCAGCGAAGCGUUCUAUCUUUCUAACAGGUUAAAUGCAAUUCAUAUCUGAAACGUAAUCAAAUCAAAAUGUGCACCCUGGGUCUCUGAUUCUUACAUCAGAUAGCCGACUGUCCUCAUUCAUGGUGCUUUAGGAAUACAAGAGGAUAGUACUCAGCGGACUUUGAAUCUAAAACUCAACAGAAGCAAAGAGGAAAUAGUGGAGGAGGUAAACGGGGAAAGAAUAUGUGGUCGUUUCUGUUAUGCGUGCUACAGCUGUGAUCCUAUACCCAGAAGAAAGUCCCAUCGAUUGCUGUGUUGGCAGCAAGGCGUGGUAACUAGACGACACGUCCAACUGAUCUGGUCGAAGCUUGGACCACUUCAGGCCGAUUCGAGACAGAUCCAGAUUGGAUCAAGAAAGCUCUGGAUUCAGUUCACAUCAGGUCAAGAGCGAUCCGGGGCUCAAAGUGCUCCCUGAGAAAGACAGGCAGGCUUGUCUCCAGUGUGUUGCGAUGAUUUAUUGCAACGCUCUAUAAAGAAAACAUGAGGGCAAAGAGAGGGGGUGGGGAUGGGAAAUGGAGUUCGCUCAUAUUCAAAAUCAAGGCUACGGAAUCUCACCCAAUACUCUCCAGUCACGGCGUUGGGGAAGACGGGCGUGCUUUGGGGAGAAGGCAGACACUGAAGAUGUUUCACUCUUCUCUCCCUAGCUAGAGGAGGGACCAAAUUGCGAAUAAAGAGGCGGAUCGACCACGAAUUCUUCAACGUGAAAGCCAAGGUGGCUCAGGGGAUCCAGGAAUUCUACGACUAUGAUCUCUCCUUACUCGAACUGGAGAAACCCGUGCAGUUUGGCGGGAGAAUCAGGUAAUGAGCCGUAUCAGGGCAGAUCAGGCAGACGAAGGGCUCCGUUACUGAUUGGAAACGAAGCAGUGUGACCACCCAAAAACCACUUCAGGGGCAAACAGUAUUAAAAGCGGGAAUCAGAGUUGUAGGGGACCCCCAAAGGCCAUCUGGUCAUACCCUCUGCGGGAUGAUCAGUACGACAGCAUUCCUGCUAGGCGGCUAUCCAGCCUUUGCUUAUGAACCUUCACCAAAGGAGGGAAUAUAGAAGGAAGAGAUGCAGUUCUGUGGUCCUCUUAAGAUCACACCCACACCAUAGAUGUCAAGCGGUCUUUGUGCAGUUUUAACAGUCAUGGAGAAUUCUGGGCAUUGUGGUUUGUGAAGGGCGCCGGGAAUUGUAGCUCUGUGAGAUCGGCACCCUUAAGAAGCUACAGUUCCCAGGAUAAAGCAUAAGAGUGCUUUAAAUGUAUGCUGUGGGUGUGACCUAAGCCAUGCUUAGGCUCUCAAUCUUGUGGGGAUCACAAUCUCCCUGAACCAGUAUUGUAGCCUGCAUUUAAAAAGCAAGAGUUUACACUGAGUGACUGAGUGAUCUCAGAACAUAACCAGGAUUACAUUAUUACAAGUUGAUGCUCUCCUGGAAGAUGAUGAUGAUGAUUUAUUUAUAACCCACCCAUCUGGCUGGGUUUCCCCAGCCAUUCAAGAACCCAAGUGUGUGGCCAAUUCAUGCUAAAGUCCAGCAAGGAUCCCAUCCUAUAAAAAGUGCUGAGCAGUCUGCCAGAAAUUGGCCCCUGGGUGGUAUUUUUCCUAUUUCUGCUUUGGCCAGUCAUGGGCAAAGCAGACCAGGAAAGUAGACCAGGAGGACCAUGCCAUCUCCACCGUUUUGAUGUUGUCCUUGCUGGGGGUCCUUCCAGUCCCCCUCUCCCCCUUCCACAUCUCUUUUGAGGGUUUAAGCUCCCAAGUCGGUGGCAAAUAUUUGUCUUCUCUGCAGGCCAAUCUGUCUUCCUUGCACGGAAGGUGCCAACAGAGCCCUGAAGAUGAAGCCAGGUGCCACAUGCAAGGACCACGGUGAGUGCCUCCCCCAACGGCCGCCCAUUUGGGGGAAGGGUCAAGGCUCAGAGGUAAGGCUUGCCACUGUGAGAACAGGAUACUAGACUAGAUGGGCCAUUGGCCAGAUCUAGCAAGCCGUCUUAUCUCCUUACUAGUUGGUCCCUUACCUUUCCCACCCUGAUCUGGCCAUAGUGAUCCAUGCGACGGUCACCUCCAGGCUUGACUACUGUGCUGAGAAGGCCCUGGCUCUGGUUGAAACUAAUCUAAUUUCCUUAGGGCCCGGGACCACUAGGGUGUUGCUAUUUAUGGACCUUAAGGUCCUCCGCGGGGCAUACCAGGAGAGGCGGUCCCGUAGAUACGAGGGCCCUAAGUCACAAAGGGCUUUAAAGGUCAAACUUCCGGGUUAGCGCGAUCGGCGAAUGGCGGAGUUCCUCCGACCGGAGGAACUAGCUCUGUGAAAACUGGGUCUUCCCGCCGCGGCGAAGGCGGGGACCCGCUAGAAAUCCCAGGCGGAGGAAGCCUGGGAACGUGGGGUUCGGCAGGGCACCAGGAGCGCCCCCCUACUCACCGGGAACCCCUUUUCGGGGCGCCGGAGCGAAGUGGGGUGAGUGGCGCGGCGCUGCGAACUGAUUGCUACUUUCACGGAGUGAAGCUGCACAGCCAUUGCCGGAGAGCGCUGACUUUUUCCUGUGGACAAUUGGAUUUAAAACAAGUACCCGUGAGUAGAAACGGAAAAUUGGAUCAAGAAAUAUCUUAAUUUGGCAUCGAAGCGGGAAGGUUCAAAACAGGAAGUCCGCCUUCCGCUUUUUGUAUAUAGACUAAAGCAAAAACCUCGCAAGCUAAAGCCAGGAAAGUCGUUAAAAAAGUCUUAAUUUCCUUCAUUUCUAAUUACUGAAACCCCCUUGGAAGUAGGAGAAAAGGGGGGGGCUUUGUUUAACCCCUACAGGAGAGGCAGUGAAGAAAGAUAAGUUUUCACCGUCUCUAACCUGGGAACGGGGUGUCAGAGACAGAAAUAGUUGGAGAGGUUCAUUGACUGUGAAUGGAAUACUUUGACAGAUAGCUAAAGAAGAGAAAUAAACUGAUUCCAAUGUUGCCUUUUGCAUUCUAAUGAAACAAAAUAUCUGAAAAAUGAAAGUAAUUUUCGUUUGCUGGACUUGCCUUAAAAAAAUGGAUACAAAUAGAAAUUGUCUCCUCUAGAGGGAGCCUGUUAAAUUGUUGCUACAGUCUACUUGAGGACCCAACAGCUGUCAGAUUAAGAUCGUGGGACCAGACUUUUCUGACCUUGACUAAAUAUGAGCUGGAAGGAAGUCUGGGUGCUUGCUUUAUGCAAGACAAGUGCCUUGCCGGAACAGAUGCACUAAAAGAUGGAUUUGAUGAAUGAGAAAAUGGACUUGAUGACUGUUGUGGUUAACAACUGUGGACAAACAGGGAACAUUGAUACAGAAACCAUUCAAGGACCAACCCAUGAACCUGUAUUGACUGGGCAAGUGCAGAAGAUAAUGGAGGAGGAUGCGGUCGCACCUCAAAUAAUACAAAUGGAGAGACCCGAGGCCCUACAGGAGCAUAAGCCGCUGUCAUUGAAGAUUGAAGUUGGAGUGGGCCAGGGGGAGUCUGGAGCUGAGGAGGUUCUUAACUUUGGAGAGACUUUGAAAUAUCCUUUUAAAUACCUUUUGGAUUAUACUGAUGAUUGUGGGGAGUGGGACUGUGGGGAAUGGGCAGCUUUGACGAAGGGAGAUGGAGACAAUUUUGGAUUGGAAUCCCCCAGAGAUCUGCUCCCCAAUGAGAAAGGGAAGAAAUUAAGAAAGAGACCAACAAAAGACAAGGAAAAGGGCAAGUAUAAACAAGAAGAAGAAGAUUUGCAGAAGGGGCAUGGAAGAGACUUAAGGGCCUCGGACAUAAGACUUCCAGGUUGAUGGACUAGAUGGAAUGGACAGUAAGGACUGACACGACCCGAGACCAGGAAGAAGAGAAGCUGGAUGAAGAUUGGAAGGAAAUUUAUAAAGAAAAUUUUUUAUUUGGGGAAUUAGCCUAAAAUGAAUGAAUAUUAGGGAAAAUGUUGAAAUGAAACUAUAUGACUCUAGCAGAAAUGACAUCAGGAGUUAUGGAUAACUGAGUACUAAGUUUUAAGCCUUAAGGCAUUUCAUGGUAAGACAAGGUUAAAUAAAUUAAGGUAAUUAGAAUAAUAGAAUAUGGGGAAAGAUGGAAAGGAUUUGUUGAGUCAAUUAAUAGGUUAAAUUGAUAAGAUAAAUUAUCUAAUAAAAAUUGAGAAAGAUGGAAAGAAUUUGCUGAAAUAACUAACUAAACUAGAAUACAAAAAGGGAGGUGUGAGGAGGUCAACGAAACAAGCAAAUGGAAGUUGGAGAUAUGUGAUUCAGGAUUUGUGUCUUUUUUAUUUCCUUUUUUGUUGUAUUGUUGUAUUGGUUUUUGUGCUUUUUUUCUUUUUUCUUUUUUUUCUUUUUUCUCCUUUUAUGUAUUGCAGUCGUUUUUUGUUCUUUUUCUUUUUCUGUAAUUCUGAAAUUAUUAAUAAAUAUUAUUUUAUAUUAAAAAAAAAAGGUCAAGACCAGCACCUUGAACCUGACCCUAUACUCCACCGGGAGCCAGUGCAACUGGUAAAGUACUAGUUGAAUAUGCUUCCAUGGCAGAGCCCCCGUGAGGAGCCUUGCUGCAGCAAUCUGCACCUGCUGCAGUUUGUGGGACAGUUUCAAGGGCAGCCCCGCGUAGAGGGAAUUACAGUAGUCAAGCCUGGAGGUGACCAUCGCAUGGAUCACUGUGGCCAGGUCGGGGCGGGAAAGGUAAGGGACCAACUGCUUGAUGCGGCGAAGGUGGAAAAAUGUCGCCUUGGCUGUUGCUGUAACCUGCGCCUCCAUGGAAAAGGAGGCAUUAACGGAAGGUACUGGCACUAAUUAGGCCCCCCACAAGAGAAGUGAGUUGGUCCCUCAUCCCCAUGCCAUCCCAACCCAGCCAGAGGACCUCUGUCUUUGAAGGAUUUAGUUUCAAUCGGCUCCCAUGAAACCAUCAAACAAUGAACAACCACGCCCAGUUUUGCUAAAACAGAAAUGAGGAAGAGGCUGUGAUCUCCUCUGCUGGUAAGUCAAGUUCCUCCUUCCACCAGCUGUCACCUUACGGGAGCCAUGCUAUGACGCUGUGACGGAGAUGAGGAGAGAAGAGCUGGAAGACAGCUGCAAAACCAGCAACUUUGGCUCUUUGAUUGUAUUCCGCCAUUGUUUGCAUCUCUCACCUGUUCAUUAGAAGGACUUGGAGCUGAUACCUGAGAUUGCAGGUGGGGGAGAAUUUCAAUUCCGUUUGCACUUAAAGGCAAACCAACCUAACAGGCAACAAUACGUGAACCAAACGCAGCUACAGUGGUGCCUCGCAAGACGAAAUUAAUUCGUUCCGCGAUUUUUGUCGUCUUGCGAAGCACGGUGUCGGGAAAGUUUUGGAAAAGCUUCAAAAAUCACCAAAGUCUUUAAAAACCUCAAAAAAGGCUACCACACCACGUUCUAUGAGUUGCUCCUCGAAGUCGCAACUGUAUUAACGGUGUUAAGAAAAAGGAAACAAACUUGCAAGACGUUUCCGUCUUGCGAAGCAAGCCCAUAGGGAAAAUCGUCUUGCGAAGCAGCUCAAAAAACAAAAAACCUUUUCGUCUAGCGAGUUUUUUGUCUUGCGAGGCAUUUGUCUUGCGAGGUACCACUGUAUGCUUCAAAAUUUGUGCUUCUCUGGAUUUUGCAAAUGCAGUUCUACGGAAAAGUCGUGUGUACAAACAUUAAUAUGCUAGGGUGAAGCGUGUGCAUAUAAAUGCAUAUGUUGGUGAAAACGACAUACAAAAAAUGUGUUAGAUCAGGAGAAAUUGCUUUGUGAAAAUGUGCAUAUUAGAAAUAACUGCAUACAAAAAAAAUGGGUGAAUUUGCACCAAAACUCAGGAAUUUUCACAAGGACUUAAAAUAUCGCUAACUAAUGUGGAGAAACAAACUUAAGAUUGGGGAAAAAAUGAGGAAUUGAGAGCAACUGAAAUGGACAUAUUUGCCCAGCCCUACUUGAUGCUGCGUUUUUCCUCCACCUCCGCGAUCCCUUUUCCUUUUGUGUCGGAACUGCGCCUUACACAGAGUCAGACCAUUGGUCCCUCUUGCUCAGCAUUGUCAACCCUGACUGGCAGUGUCUCUUUAGGGUUUCAAAGCCUUCCCCAGCUCUAGCUGGAGUCACCGGGGAUUGAACCUGUGAUCUUUUGCACUCAAAACACAUGCUCUUCCACUGAGCCCCUUCCUUUUCAGAGUGGCUCAAAAGCAUCAGUAUUGCACAGGGAAGAUUCUUGCACAUACUAGGGAAGUUAAGGUUUCUGCAAUUACACUGAAAGUCACUGAAAAGGAUCUGUUGCAAGCAAUCCCCUUUGUAAAAAGAAUUGGGAGGUUUUGCAGUUUGGAAAGUGGGGGGGGGGGGAUGCAUUGAGAAUUCCCAGAGUUCCCUGGGAAAAAGGACUGAUUGCUAAACCAGUCUAGGAAUGGGGGGGGGGGGUGAUAGGGGUCCCCUAACUACUUUCAGCAUAACUACAUUUCCUAGGAUUCUUUGAGGAAAGCCACGAGUGUUUUAAGUUGGUAUAAUACCGCUUUACAUCUGUGAUGCAGAGGUGGCCUUUGAUAACGCUGGUGUUAUGUCCCAUCGCCUGUCCUUGGAUCCCAGGAGCUGCUCUCUUGCCUAACAAUGCACAUGACCCACUUGAUCUCUGCCAUAUACAGUGGUGCCCUGCAAGACGAAUGCCUCGCAAGACGAAAAAACCGCAAGACGAAGAGACUCACAGAACGGAUUCUUUUCGUCUUGCGAGGCACCACUGUACUGUAUUUUUCACUCUAUAAGACGCACUUUCCCCCUCCAAAAAUUAAGGGGAAAUGUGUGUGUGUCUUAUGGAGCGAAUGUAGGCUCCAUGGCUUCAGCGAAAGCAACGUGAAGCCUCCAAAGCGCAGAGGGAGCGCUCCUGCCGUGCUCCGGAGGCUUCCCCUUGCUUUUGCUGAAGCCUGGAGAGCGAGAGGGGUCAGUGCGCACCGAUCCUUCUUGCUCUCCUGGCUUUGCUUCGCUGGAGAGGCACUGUGCAGCUUUCCCUCUCUGCACAGCACCCCUUCAGCGAAGCAGGAGGAGAAAUGGAAAGGGCUCCGUUUUUCCUGCCGCUUCGCUGAAGGGGCGCUGCGCAGAGAGGGAGAGAAUUUUUUUUCUUGUUCUCCCCCUCUAAAGCUAGGUGCGUCCUAUGGUCGGGUGCGCCCUAUAGAGUGAAAAAUACGGUAAUUUGAUUCUAGGUCACCUUUCCCUCCUGUAACCAAGUAGGUGGCUGGGCCUCGCUCCCCAGGCAGAAAACUCAGGCGUUUUCAAGCACACAGUCACACAAACAUUCAUACCUUGCAGAGCUGCAGUUGCUGAGUUUGGAGGAAGUGGAUGCCCAGUUCAUAUCCUUGGACAACAAGAGGAUGGGAGUACAGAUCAAGACAAGGAGAAGUGUAAGCAUGGCAUUUCCUGCCCAUGAAAUUCUGGGUAAAAAAUGGAGAUUGAAUAUGGGAAGUGUGAUCUGGGGGUGGGGUGCAUUAUUUCUGAGGGUCUGGGUGUGUUUUUUUAAAAGCCUGAAACAAAAAACAAAAACACUCUUGAAGUAUACUUCUAAAAGCAAUAUUUCAAGAUUGAUAUGGUCACAGGCAGUUCACGCUGCUUUGACUCUGUCGAGAGCCAAGUUUCACAGCUGUUAGUGAUGGCAGUAUUGCAACACUCUUAGAACUUGAUGUUUCUCAAAGAAAACUUUCAAACAUUGCAUCAUACCGGACUUCUUCAGGCAUUAGGUCCAGCAGUGCAAUCCGUCUGCCAAGAGCAUAUUUUCUCCUAAAACUGAAUACGCACCAUAUUCAUGUUUUUGGAAAUUCUACAUUUCUCCAUAGGUUUUAUGGAUUGUAUCCUAGGUAGAUAUUUAUUAUUUCAGCCUAGGCACCAAAGAUGAUGAUUAGAAUGUCAAAAACUACAAAUAUGGGAGGCUGUUAUCUGGGACCGUUUCAAGUUUGACUUUCCAUGGCAAAGAAAUAAAGAAAGACGCAUAGAAGUAUUUGCUUCCUGCUGCGCAGCCUCUCUGCGUGAUACUGCAGCAAGUAAGGCUUAUGCAAUCAUUGCUGGCAGGGAAGUAGUGAGAGGGGUUUUUCUUUCUGUCCAAAGCAGAUGUUGCCGGGAGGCUGAAUUCAGAUCAGGUAUGGUUUAUACAAAGAAGUUGAAUUAUGAAAUGGGGGCAGAAAGAAAUUCUGAAUCAGAACCUCUUUUGGGAAGAGUAAAAUUGGGCAAGCGUAUGGGAAUAGAAAGUGAACACACUGUGCCGUAGAGCAUGAAAUUCUUCAGUCUUAAUUAUGAGAAAACCAGUGGAAAAUUUCAGCUUUCAACUGUAGGGAAAUCCCUAGCAAUAAUGCUUUAAGAUCAGCCCUAGAAAGUACAGCAUUUGUUUAGUCGUUUAGUCAUGUCCAACUGUUCAUGACCCCAUGGACCAGAGCAUGCCAGGCACUCCUGUCUUCCACUGCCUCCCACAGUUUGGUCAAACUCACGCUGGUAGCUUCAAGAACACUAUCCAAUCCUCUCGUCCUCUGUUGUCCCCUUCUCCUUGUGCCCUCCAUCUUUCCCAACAUCAGGGUCUUUUCCAGGGAGUGUUCUCUUCUCAUGAGGUGGCUAAAGUAUUGGACCCUCAGCUUCAGGAUCUGUCCUUCCAGUGAGCACUCAGGGCUGAUUUCCUGAAGAAUGGAGAGGUUUGAUCUUCUUGCAGUCCAUGGGACUCUCAAGAGUCUCCUCCAGCACCAUAAUUCAAAGGCAUCAAUUCUUCGGCAAUCAGCCUUCUUUAUGGUCCAGCUCUCACUUCCAUACAUCAAUACUGGGGAAACCAUAGCUUUAACUAUGCGGACCUUUGUCAGCAAGGUGAUGUCUCUGCUUUUUAAGAUGCUGUCUAGGUUUGUCAUUGCUUUUCUCCCAAGUAGCAGGUGUCUUUUAAUUUCGUGACUGCUGUCACCAUCUGCAAUGAUCAUGGAGCCCAAGAAAGUAAAAUCUCUCACUGCCUCCAUUUCUUCCCCUUCUGUUUGCCAGGAGGUGAUGGGACCAGUGGCCACGAUCUUCGUUUUUUUGAUGUUGAGCUUCAGACCAUAUUUUGCGCUCUCCUCUUUCACCCUCAUUAAAAGGUUCUUUAAUUCCUCCUCACUUUCUGCCAUCAAGGUUGUGUCAUCUGCAUAUCUGAGGUUGUUGAUAUUUCUUCCAGCAAUCUUAAUUCCGGUUUGGGAUUCAUCCAGCCCAGUCUUUCACAUGAUGAAUUCUGCAUAUAAGUUAAAUAAACAGGGAGACAAUAUACAGCCUUGUUGUACUCCUUUCCCAAUUUUGAACCAAUCAGUUGUUCCAUAUCCUGUUCUAACUGUAGCUUCUUGUCUCACAUAGAGAUUUCUCAGCAGACAGAUGAGGUGAUCAGGCACUCCCAUUUCUUUAAGAACUUGCCAUAGUUUGCUGUGGUCGACACAGUCAAAGGCUUUUGCAUAGUGAAGCAGAAGUAGAUGUUUAUCUGGAACUCUCUAGCUUUCGCCAUAAUCCAGCGCAUGUUUGCAAUUUGGUCUCUGGUUCCUCUGCCCCUUCGAAAUCCAGCUUGCACUUCUGGGAGUUCUCAGUCCACAUACUGCUUAAGCCUGCCUUGUAGAAUUUUAAGCAUAACCUUGCUAGCGUGUGAAAUGAGCGCAAUUGUGUGGUAGUUGGAGCAUUCUUUGGCACUGCCCUUCUUUGGGAUUGGGAUGUAGACUGAUCUUUGCCAGUCCUCUGGCCACUGCUGAGUUUUCCAAACUUGCUGGCACCUUAACAGCAUCAUCUUUUAAAAUUUUAAAUAGUUCAGCUGGAAUAUCAUCACUUCUACUGGCCUUGUUAUUAGCAAUUCUUUCUAAGGCCCAUUUGACUUCACUCUCCAGGAUGUCUGGCUCAAGGUCAGCAACCACACUACCUGGGGUGUACGAGACAUCCACAUCUUUCUGGUAUAAUUCCUCUGUGUAUUCUUGCCACCUCUUCUUGAUGUCUUCUGCUUCUCCCUCCCUUGCAUUUUGCUUGCCUUCUCUCCCCCGCUAUUUGUAAGGCCUCAUUGGACAGCCACUUUGCUUUCUUGCAUUUCCUUUUCAUUGGGAUGGUUUUCGUUGCUGCCUCCUGUAUAAUGUUAUGAGCCUCCAUCCAUAGUUCUUCAGGCACUCUGUCCACCAAAUCUAAAUCCUUAAACCUGUUCCUCACUUCCACUGUGUAUUCAUAAGGGAUUUGAUUUAGAUUGUAUCUUACCGGCCCAGUGGUUUUUCCUACUUUCUUCAGUUUAAGCUGGAAUUUUGCUGUAAGAAGCUGAUGAUCUGAGCCACAGUCAGCUCCAGGUCUUGUUUUUGCUGACUGUAUAGAGCUUCUCCAUCUUUGGCUGCAGAGAAUAUAACCAAUUUCGAUGCUGCCCAUCUGGUGGUGUCCAUGUGUAGAGUCAUCUCUUGUGUUGUUGGAAAAGAGUGUUUGCGAUGACCAGCCAGUGUGGUGUAGUGGUUAAGAGCAGUAGUCUCCUAAUCUGGGGAACCGGGUUCGCGUCUCCGCUCCUCCACAUGCAGCUGCUGGGUGACCUUGGGCCAGUCACACUUCUCUGAAGUCUCUCAGCCCCACUCACCUCACAGAGUGUUUGUUGUGGGGGAGGAGGAAGGGAAAGGAGAAUGUUAGCCGCUUUGAGACUCCUUAAAGGGAGUGAAAGGCGGGAUAUCAAAUCCAAACUCUUCUUCUUCUUCUUCUUCUUCUUCUUCUUCUUCUUCUUCUUCUUCUUCUUGACAGAACUCUAUUAGCCUUUGCCCUGCUUCAUUUUGAUCUCCAAGGCCAAACUUGCCAGUUGUUCCUUUUAUCUCUUGAUUCCCUACUUUAGCAUUCCAAUCCCCUAUAAUGAGAAGAACAUCCGUCUUUGGUGUCACUUCUAUAAGGUGUUGUAAGUCUUCAUAGAAUUGGUCAAUUUCAGUUUCUUCAGCACCAGUAGUUGAUGCAUAAACUUGGAUUACUGUGAUGUUAAAAGGUCUGCCUUGGAUUCGUAUCAAGAUCAUUCUAUCAUUUUUGAGAUUGCAUCCCAGUACAGCUUUCACCACUCUUUUGUUGACUAUGAGGGCCACUCCAUUUCUUUUACGGGAUUCUUGCCCGCAGUAGUAGAUAUGAUGUUCAUCCGAACUGAAUUCACCCAUUCCCGUCCAUUUUAGUUCACUGAUGCCCAGGAUGUCAAUAUUUAUUCUUGCCAUCUCAUUUUUGACCACAUCCAACUUACCCAGGUUCAUGGUUCUUACAUUCCAGGUUCCUAUGCAAUAUUUUUCUUUACAGCAUUGGACUUUCCUUUCGCUUCCAGGCAUAUCCGCAACUGAGCGUCCUUUCGGCUUUGGCCCAGCUGCUUCAUCAGCUCUGAAUCUACUUGUACUUGUCCUCCGCUCUUCCUCAGUAGCAUGUUGGACGGCUUCCGACCUGAGGGGCUCAUCUUCCAGCGUCAUAACUUUUAUAUGCCUGUUGUCUUUGUCCAUGGAGUUUUCUUGGCAGGGAUACUGGAGUGGCUUGCCGGUUCCUCCUCCAGGUGGAUCACGUUUGGUCAAAACUCUCCACUAUGACCUGUUCAUCUUGGGUGGCCCUGCACGGCAUAGCUCAUCGCUUCUCUGAGUUAUUCAAGCCCCUUCACCAUGGCAAGGCAGUGAUCCAUGAAGGAUCAUAAAAAGUACAGCAUUACUAUGAAUGAACUAAAUGAACUAAAUUAAUAAUGUCUGUGUACGGAUUUAAUCUGGAUUAAUUCAUCCAGAGUACUUCAGACAAGACCUGUCUCAAAAGAAGACGAGACAAUUCAUUGUCUCUUUGCUGAUUGCAUGCAGAUUUUCAAAGCACCGGAAGUGAACUAUUAUGGCCCGGAUAGCAAUUCCGCCAUUAAAUCGAUUCAUUCAUUGCUUCCCACAGCGCCCAACGUGCAUUUCCGCAGCUCUUCAAGACAAGAAAAUGUUUUCCGAAGGAACUGAUGCCUCUGAAGUGGUGACGGACAGAUUCCUGUGUAGUGGAGGAGGGAGAGCUGUCGAGGCUGCCACUUGCAAAGGUCAUUUUGCUUACAGUGUGGUGUAGUGGUUAAGAGCGGUAGUCUCGUAAUCUGGUGAACUGGGUUCGCUUCCCCGCUCCUCCACAUGCAGCUGCUGGGUGACCUUGGGCCAGUCACACUUCUCUGAAGUCUCUCAGCCCCACUCACCUCACAGAGUGUUUGUUGUGGGGGAGGAAGGGAAAGGAGAAUGUUAGCCGCUUUGAGGCUCCUUUGGGUAGUGAUAAAGCGGGAUAUCAAAUCCAAACUCUUCUUCUUCUUCUUCUCUACAUGGGGAGGGUGAAGCAUCCCUGGUUAAGCAGAGCAGGGAGAGAGUAAGGCCUCGUCCACACUUCUGCUUCUUCCAGGUACGAGGUUUCUCUGUUGCCUCACUGCUUUCCCUGGGAUAACCCGCUGUUUACCCCACAGAAUCAUAACAAAUGUCAAUCAAGUUUUCUGCAGAAGACACGGGAUGAACAGAAAUGUGGAGCAGCCCUUAUGAGAAGUUUUCAAUAAGCUCCCACGUCUGAUUCAGGGACUAGAAACCUCAAUCCAAAUGUGGUCCUCCAAGCCUAUCUGUCUGGCACCCCUAGGCCACCGGUUUCGCACCCUACUUAAGAGCUUUAGUCUGACUGGAAAGUGUCCUUGAACUUUUGUUUGUCUGGAUGGAGGAAAAAGUGUGGUGUAUGAGCAGAGGCCCUAAUAUUGAGUGGGCCCACGGGCAUGGGGCGCAGGCCGGUUUAGCCUUCUGCUAGGCCGCACCGGUCCCCAUGGUCUCUCCCACACUGCACAGGCCAGGGCAGCCUUCUGUGACGUCAUGUCCUUUGGAGGAGGUUAAGUGUGCGCACUGGACUCCCUCAACAUUGAGGGAGCCAGGGCCUCUUCAAACAAAUGUGAAGGGGACCCAAGACACCUUGGCUCCCUACAGUUGGCACUACACUAUAGGGAGCAUGAAUGUGUAGAAGCUAUCCCAAUGUAAAGGUAAAGGGACCCCUGACCAUUAGGUCCAGUCGUGACCAACUCUGGGGUUGCGGCGCUCAUCUUGCUUUAUUGGCCAAGGGAGCCGGCGUACAGCUUCCGGGUCAUGUGGCCAGCAUGACUAAGCAGCUUCUGGUGAACCGGAGCAGCUCACGGAAACACCGUUUACCUUCCCGCUGGAGUGGUACCUAUUUAUCUACUUGCACUUUGACGUGCUUUCGAACUGCUAGGUUGGCAGGAGCAGGGGCUGAGCAACGGGAGCUCACCCCGUCGCGGGGAUUUGAACCGCCAACCUUCUGAUCGGCAAGUCCUAGGCUCUGUUGUUUAACCCAAUGUACAAAGUUUAAAAUUUGCAUCUGUUGCUCACUCCACCCUCUUUUCCCUCUGGCCCUGUUUACCACUGACGUAUGGCCCUCCAAAAGGUUGUCCAAGAGGGAAUGUGGCUCUUAGGGUAAAAAAGGUUCCCCUAAUCUUAAUGAAAUUGGCAACCUUCGAUAUGUGCAUCCUUCGUAAGUACAGGAUUCCCUUUCCAGUAUUGAAUCCAGCAGCUGACAUUGUGACAACUUUCAUUCAAAGCAGAGAUUCCCAAAUUGUGUCCCACGAACCGUCAGUGGUCUGCAAGCUUCAUUCAGGUGGUCCGUGGCAUUUUUGUGGUUGAAAAGGGUUGCUAUGCGUAUGAAAUUUCCCAGACAUAGCUGGGAUUUGGCUGUUGGGGAGUGUCUGGGCAGAAAUUGCUUCGAUGUCUGGGAAAAUCUGGACAUAUGGCAACCCAUGUUGGAAGUGUGGAUUUUGGCAAAUUUCCUUAAGAAUAGCUCAAAAUAGCUUCAUUUCGGGGGGGGGGGGCUCAACAAAACUUUUAAAACUUUGGCUUUGUGAAAUAUGACAACCCAUAUUUGAAGAAAUGUGAACUUCCUCUUCUGUCUAGAGAUAGUGGAGCUUCUGUCAGCUUUUAAUCCUUUCUUCCUUUUUUCAGGUGAAUCCGGAGGAUCAUUAUUCGUGGAACGGAGGGAGAGACUCUUCCAAGUAAGUGAACCUCUAAAUGUAUCCCGACCCUGCCGUUCUUCUUGAGAUCUAGUGUGGGGGAGUGGUUUUAAAAAUCUGACACACAAUCCAUCACAUAAGCUUUUCACUUGCGUGUCAAGACCCCGCAGCCACCCCCUGGUUGGAAAUAACUCACACAAGGACACAGAUAUUAGGUUUAUGUUAUUGGGCAAAUUUUGGCCACAACUUUAUUGAAAUUACAGAAAGUGAGCAGUAUUGGCUUAGGCAUUGAUUGGACCUGACUAUAUCUGACUCCUGCCCAUUGUGCAGGUAAGCCACCGGUAGGGGGAGCCCUGUCAAUGCAAACCAACUCCAGCUCCCCCUGGUGUUCCCGUCGGGGUCGUGUCAAGGCCUUAGCCCCCCAGGCGGGCUUCAGACUAGAUCAACACCCCCAGGUUCCUUUAACCGAAUACCCUUAAGCAUGGAGGGGCAGGUGAUGGCCACACCUCCCCUCCCCCACACAAGGUCAAACAAUGCCUAACCGCAACCCUAACAAAGUUGUGACGAUUGCUACGAGGUAGGCGAAAACCAAGUGGCCAGCGCCAAUUUGCCAAGUGGAAAAAUUCCUACCAGGCCCCUCGGACAACCAAGACGACCAACCAAAGUCCAUAGCAAGGCCAUAGCCUAACCUGCAAAAUAGGGAGGGAGGGUGGGGGAUUGAGGAAGCGAGCCAAAGAGGAAGUCCUCUGGCUCGCUCCUCCGUUUAAAUGACCCCAGCCAUGCCCCCGCCCCCAGCCAGCGGGUUGGCUGCCCGGGCUCUGACGUGGCUGGGAUCCCCCAGGCAACGGGGGACAAAGUCCCCCACCCCCAGUGGGGAGUGGGUGGCCACGCGGUCCACCGCAACUCCUCCCCACUGGGAAGUGGAGCGGAUAUCUCUUCCCUUCGCCCUGCCCCAAUUGAUUUAAGCAAGAUCCAGAGAUCUACCAAGAAAUAGAUCCCAGCCUACUUCCUGCCCGCCCCUUUCAUAGGGGGCUGCUGUAGCGUGUUGGCUCGCAAUAAGCUUUUGUAUCUUUGCCACUGUGAAUUGCAUAUUUGCCGUUCUGUCUUUUGACCCAGUUUGCUUGCCUCUCCUGAUCAGGUGGGCGUGAUCAGCUGGGGCACAUAUAACCCUUGUGAAAAGAAGAGGAAGAAGAAGAAAGAUGGGGAGACACGGGAAACAGUUCGGGAUCCCCCUCCAGCGAACCAUAAACCACGAGAUUUCUACAUUAGUCUCUUUGGUGUACAAGACUGGCUGAGGCAACACCUGGGCCAGUCCUUGAGGUUUAUCCCGAAGGAAUGAGCCACCAAGACAAACUCACUGUUGCCCAGGAGUGUUUGUGAAGAUGUCAGUCCCCGGGACGCUUAUUAUAAAAUUAUCUUGAUUAUGUGUGGUAUGUUUGUGUUGUUUAUGCUCCUGGCUGUAGGAUCAGAACUUAAUUUGUGGUAGGGUUCAUCAGUUUGUAGCCUUAAGUUGUGGGUUCCAUGGGCACUGCUAUUUCACAUUCUUCUAAAAAUAGAUUAAACCAGUGGUUCUUCAUAGCACUUAAUGCAAUGCUCCUCGCCAGUGCUCUUUUUCUAGAAAAAGAGGUCUCACCAUGAACACCUCCCUUGUUCUCUUAGAAUGGCAAUGGUGCCCACCUGAGAGGUGCCAGAACUGAGUUCCGGUGAGUUCCGGCUGAAAAAAGCCCUGCUCCUUGCCAAUGUAAAAAUCACCUCUUACGUUUAGUCAAGUUAUUCUCAUUCAGUAAAGAGCCCUUCCAAUGUGAAUUAAAAUCUUCCUGCUUGUUUGUUCUGCCCCUUUCGUUACUUCCUGCUGCAUAGGACAGUGUCAUGAACAGCCUGUUUAUUGUCCCUUGAAUAGCGAUUCUUAUUUGUCCCUUGAUAUCAGUUCUUGCUCUCACAAUACAUAGUAAAGGUAAAGGGACCCCUCUGGGUUGCGGUGCUCAUCUCGCUUUAUUGGCCAAGGGAGCCGGCGUACAGCUUCCGGGUCAUGUGGCCAGCAUGACUAAGCCGCUUCUGGCAAACCAGAGCAGCGCACGGAAACGCCGUUUACCUUCCCGCUGGAGCGGUACCUAUUGAUCUACUAGCACUUUGACGUGCUUUCAGACUGCUAGGUUGGCAGGAGCUGGGACCGAGCAACGGGAGCUCACCCCGUCGCGGAGAUUUGAACCGCCAACCUUCUGAUCGGCAAGCCCUAGGCUCUGUGGUUUAACCCACAGCGCCACCCGCGUCCCUCACACAAUACAUAGUUCCGUGCAUACCUCAGUUACUGACUUCCUCUCAUUUAUCCUCCUUUCAUUGCUUAUAAAGCAAAAUAGCGUUAUUUGGCUAUAUAUUAUAAAACUAUUUCACUGUAGCACAACUAAAAAGAAAGAGAUGGGAGGAGAUCAUAGUUAAUAAAUCGAUAAAUUAAGGGUUUAUUUGUAAGGAAUUCCAUUGCCAUUUUCCACAGGAAGCAAUAGAAGGGCCUGAAUCUGCAAAGAGAGAGCUUUUAAUUAAAGGGAAUAGUAGCUCUGAAAACUCUCAUUGCCAGUCCACUGUGGAAAAUAUUCCCACUUCUCCACUCAUUUCAACUGGUUUAAGAGCAAUUGGAACAGGCUUUAUAGGUGAUUUUCCUUACCCCAAUGCAACACAUUUAAACUGGUUAAUAUUGGGGCGGGGGGGAUGCAUAUUACUAUUUUCGUAACCUCCUUUGAGACAGGCCAGCCUUGUAUACCAGACUGGUACAUCACUAUUCCCCAUUCCCUAUGUUGAGAUAAUAUGCUUAUUAUGUCUCUUGUUAUAAAGAUAAAACCUUGAAGUGGCCCGUCUUAGUAAAAACACAUUUAUAGCUUAGUUAAACAAGUCGUGUUUGCAGCGAAUGCUGUUUUUCACAAGGAUACUUUCAGUAUGUUCAAACGUGAACCAAACACUUUUCUGUAUUAUUUAGGUUUAGACAAUAUGUCUACGUCGCUUCUAUCCCAGACGUGCUUUUUUAAAAAAUAGCAGCUGUUUGUUUUUGAUGUAGUUCUGUCAGCUGUUGCUAAAAUUAUUUUGGUUUGAGUUUAAAUAAUAGUUGCAAUGUAUUUUGGUUGUUUGAUUUCUCAAAUCCUUUAAUGAAGUUGGAUAUUUUGUGGAAUGCUGUCUUGUUUUUCUUUAAAAAGUGAGAAACAUUAGAAACAUUUCACUCAUUUGAAGGGGGGGAAAUGGACAUAAAUUAAUUGUUCUUUCAUUGUGGGGGGCUCAUACCUUUUGUUUGGUUCCCAGUACUAGUCUUGCUGAUUCAAGGAAUUCUGACUUAAUUGGGGUUUCUCAGCUCUGCAUCAAUAAUCAAUAUUUUAGAAUUGUAAUGCUAGUAUUUUAUAAGGUUUUCAUGCUAUUAACCUUAAUUCAAAUAAAAGAAAUUUAUUUCCUAUGUGCCUGAA